AUGUUGGACCAGGGUAUGGAGACUGGUAAGACAGAGUUGGGAGGGGGGAGAUUUUGUGUCCAGAAAAGGGGGAACAAUCAGUGCUAGAAAGGCUGGUACUUGCCUUGAAAGAAAGCCUCUCCUCCUUACAGAGGGGAGGAGUUGUGAGCAGGAGCCGUUUCCCGCGUUGGCAGGGGGCGUUCCAGCCCCCUGCCCAGCUGGCCUGGCUGCUACGCCACGCCCCCAGGUAGCCAACCAACCAGGUGGAGGCUUGGGGGCGGGGUUUUGCAGCUCAAAUGUGGCUGCGGCAGCACUUCCCUUUAAUUCCGCUGCUGGUUUUCGUCAGAUAAUUGGAAUAUGUUUGUGUCUUGGAGGGCAGGGUGUGGCCAUCGCCUACCCCUCCACUUUAUGGGUAUUCCGGUAAAGGAAUCCGGUGGUCGUGGAUCCUGUCCGACGCCCUUGCUGGUGGCUAGGGCCAUGGCACGAUCCCUGGUGACAUCAGGGAGAGCUUUCAGUUGUAUUUGCAUCAGCAGGCUCCUCCCACUGGUGGUUAACCCUUGUUAGACUCACCCCUCCCUGAGGGGGUGGAGUCACGCUCUGUUCUAUGAUUCUAUGAUUCUAUGUUGUUUUAACCAGUGCCUAAGCCAAUACCUCUCACAUGCUGUAAUCAAUAAACUUGUGGCCUUUUUUAGCCCAUUAACCUAAUAUACUGUGUCCAUGUGUCUUUCUUAUCCCCAAGUGGGUGGCGGGUCCUUGAAUCACAACAGGUAUGUAGCUACUUGAUUUAAUGUGUCAUUGGAGGCCCAGCUGACAUCUAUGCAAAGGAGUACUUAUGCACAACUUUUGACUAGUUCAGCUCUCUAGGCGGAGUGCUAGGUUGCUUGUUGAGGAGCAGAAUCUCUUGCCUUGACUACCCCAUCCCUUUAUAACACAAUUGCAGAGUGUGUGUCCUUGUUGGAUCAAGGGCUUCCCUUAAGUAGCCCUAUGACCUGCUGUGCCUUGGCAUAUCAACUCCUUUGAGUAGUUAUGUGUAUUACUUGCAGUGCCUUUGAGUAGUUCUUCUGCAUAUGUACUGUAUCACACUGAUCUGAGCAUUAUAGCUUUGGGGCGGGGGUAUCUGAAUUUGCAUUCAUGAUCAAGUGGGGGCCAAAACACAUUUGAUACUUGAAGAGCAGUAGGUUUAUUUGUUGUUGUUUAGUCGUUUAGUCAUGUCCAACUCUUCGUGACCCCAUGGAGCACGCCAGGCACCUCUGUCUUCAGUAGGUUUAUAGCAGCCUUCAAAAUUGCUGUUAUUCAUGGCAGAACUGUAAUGUUAGUUUACAUUUUUGUAAUGUUCUAAGCUCUGGUGUAUGGCUGCCCCGGGCAUCUUUCAGAGGAAAAACAGAAUGAAAAUCCUCAUCAUCUUCAAAGGUUGUGCAUACAUAAGUUUUACAAUUUCACUCAUCAAUUUGUAUUUUCACUUGGAUUUCUAAAUAUGCCUAGUUCUGUUGUUGCAUAUUCGGAGUCACUUCUACAACAGAGGCGUAGCUUGGGAAGUAUUACUUGCAUGCCUGUAAGCAAUUAUCAGUUUUAAAACAUAUUAUGAUGUACCCAGUGGCAGUAUUGUCAUAACUGAAAGUUGAUCUGUUUGCAUAAGUAAAGGCAUCAUGAAACCUCCCCACUCAGCAGACCACUGACCUCUUCACCUUCUCCAAUUCUGUUUGUCGAGUUACACGCCAACUCUCAAAAAGUGCUUUACAGGGAUCAGGCAGGCCUCUUAAGUGGGUAGGAGGUGUUGAAGAAAAUCAAACUCCCUGCUUUAUGUUAGCAGAAAUUGGGUUCAAGCCACUGAGUGUAAAAACUCUAUUUUGAAAGUAACCAGUAGCCCACAUGUUUACUGUCUCUAUGUUUGUGCUGUUAAAAGAUUCCAACACAUUUGCAGAUUGUUUUUUUUUAUAAAAAAAAACCUGUACAUAAAACUGUCAAGAUUAUUGCAGUAAAAAUGACUUUUGCAGUGCAGGUUCAAAUUCCCUUCCAGCUGUUGACAGAAAUUGACUAAUAUUUCCUUAACGGUUCUCUCUUUUGUUUCAGGCAUGAACACUAGCAAGAGCGAGAAUGUCAAAGAGCCCCCAUUGAAGCCAUCCCGGAGAUCCUUGCCAUGCCUUGCUCAGAGCCAAACACACCCGCACAGCCUCAGCAAGCAUUCCUCAUUCCUGCAGCCAAAUCGAGUGCAGCCUCAACCUCAGCUAGGGACUGCAGGGACAUCAACCGCUACCGUCGAUGUAGUGUCAGAACGAGGUGAGCUCUGGCACACUGAGGCCACUGGCAUUCUUCCACAUCUGUGAUACAUUCUGAACUUAGCAAACAAAAGGAACGGGGCUGUGUGAUAUAAACAGUGACCUGAAUGUAAAAUGUUUAUUAUGCCUUUCAGCUAAAGUGAUGGAAACCUUGGAAAACAAUUUACUCAAAUUAUCUAAUACAGAAUACAGCGAUCCAUUCUUAGGUGAGUUUGCCCUGCUCAGUUAUAUUCUAUUGAGAUUGUUCAAAAUAAUCCCCCUUUCCUUCCACUUUGGACAACCUAGAGCUGAAAUGUGAAAUUAUUCGCUUCUGAAAGAUCCAUUUUAAAGCAGCAGUUGAAAUUCCUGCGUGUUGGCCUUUAAUUCUUCUCUGGUAAUUCAACUAGGUAGGCCAGGGGUGGGGGGCCUCUAGAGCACAGGCCAAGCAAGUUGACCCAUGUUUUUCCCCAACCACAUUCACGUCCAUAAACCCAUUAGCUGAUGUCAUUCAUGACAUCAUCUGAUGAAUACAAGGAUGGAGUUAAAUCCUGCAUUGGCUGUUCCUGCCAGUUCCCACAGAAAACAGCAGUGCACAACCAAUUUGAGCAGGAUUUAACCAUCGCUCACCAGCUGAUGAGUGUAGCUUAAAUCUUCCUGAAUUCUGUAGGAUUCCAAUAAAACCUCUUCCUGAUUCAGUAAGGUGAUUCUAUGCAAAUCUGUAUGGUAGGAGUGGGGAACCUUUUUAGACCCAUGGACCGGAUGUAUAUGAGGAUCUGCCUCUUGGGCCAAAUUUGACAUGUGAGUGGGACUCCCCACCUGUCAAUCGUGUGAUGACAUCUGAUGAGUGGGAAAGUGGGAUUAAACCUUGUGUUGGCUGUUUGCUCCCAGCAGAGAUCAGUAUUAUGCAACCAAGCUGAGCAGAAUUUAUGCCCCUCUCAUCAGCUGAUGAGUGGGGGUUAAAUCUUGCUGAGUUUGGCAAGAUUCUAUGCAACCCCCUUUCAGAUUCGGGAGCAAGUUUGCACCAUAAUCCCCUCCUAAAAUGGAGGGUCCCCUCCUUCAUUUUAGUAGAUGCAUACAUUUUGAUGUGAUGUGAUCUCUCACUUAGGUCGUACAUAUUUAGGUUAAGAACAGAAAAUGUGAAGGUUGGAUCAACAAAGUUAAUCCAUUGUGUGUAAUUCUGUCCUAAGCAUACAGGUGACUCCCCACUUAUGUGCUUGUUACGUUCCGGGGGCCUGUGCACAUAAAUGAAAUUACAUAAAAUUGGGAUUACCCUCUAGACACCCUUUAAACACCCUCCUUGCUGCUCUCUCUUCAAUCCAUACCAAAAAAUGCUGUAUCUAAUAAUACCCACAACUAGAAUUGAAGCUCUGGGGCUGGCAGGAGGCUGGAGGAUUCAUUGGAAAGUGAUUGCUGCUGCUGUGCUACCCCACAUAUCAGCUGUUAGGUGGAGAGGCUGAGCAGUACAAAGCCCCACUGUGUCUCUUUGGGGCUUCCUGUGCCCUCAUUGAUGUCUUCUUCAGGCUCCAGGUAGGGUCCCCUCAUGAGCCUCAAAGUCUGCCCAGAGCUCUCUUGCUAUUUCUGGGUAUGAAUUGAAUCAUUUAAUGUUUUUCUGGUGCUGCGCAUAUAUAUGGUCACAAAUGAGUAGAACAUGGAUCAGUGCAAGGGUGCCUGUACUUAAAAUUGCAGCUCCAGACUUUGUAUAGAGGUAUUUUUGUUUUUAAGCUGUAGCCUCUGAUCCACAACAUUUCCACUAUCACAAGACCUAUUAAAUGGGGCUUGCUCUUCUUGUGAAACCCUCUGGCCACGGAGGUUUUGCAUGAAAAAGUCAGGACGACAUGACUGCAGUCACUCUUGGAAUGCUGAUGGGGCUUACAUAACCCCUGUGAUUAAUGACUUUCAUUUCUUCAGUGAUCUACUACGAACUGCCCCAGGAGGAUAUUAAAAGAUGGAUCUGAAUUAAGUGUGUGAGAUAAAUAUUUAAUCAUGAAGCUUCUAGGAAGGACAAAUAAAAGGGGAAACGGUACAGCUCUGUACAAAAGAAGGCAAGGAACCACGGCCACUAAAGCCAUUAGUGCAAAAGGCCAAAUUCCAACUGAACUUCGAGCCAAUAAUACAAUAAGAUGUAAUUGCCAUGUUUAGAACGACAAGGUGCUCUGAAUGAGUGUGGAUAACAACCUUGUCUCAUGGUUUGGACAUGUAUGGGCAAAAAAAAAAAUGUUGAUGAUAAUCUGAUGGGUGGAGAAUCCUAUUGCAGGGAAGCAGUGGCUAAAGAUUCAGUUCUGGAACGAUACGGUUCAUCAUUGAUAAAAUGAUUCAGAUUUGGUCUGAAGAAUCUGUAAUCCAGCAAGAUGAAUGCCACUUUCCAGCCACCUAUCGUAGCCAACAAGAUAUUUGGGGAUCCGCACGUCCAAUUUUUGCAGCCCCAGGCCAGCAACGCAGACUGGAGACAUAUGGCAAGCUGCAGGCAUAUCUGGUGGUCUGCAGUUGAUUUGACUCGCAGGUUGCAAAGGCAUAAUUAUGUGCUGCACUGAAAGAAUGUGCUACUUGUAAACUUUUCUUUCCUGGUUUGUACAUGAUGAGACAAAGUUUAAAGGUUCUGUGGUUUGUAACAAAAAGGAGCUUCCCAUUAUGUCUCAUACAGAAACGGGGUUUGUUCAAGCCACGGUAUAUUAUAGCAGUCUACACUGGGACGUGGUUGGCGCUGUGGGUUAAACCACAGAGCCUAGGACUUGCCGAUCAGAAGGUCGGCGGUUCGAAUCCCCACGACGGGGUGGGCUCCCAUUGCUCGGUCCCUGCUCCUGCCAACCUAGCAGUUCGAAAGCACAUCAAAGUGCAAGUAGAUAAAUAGGUACUGCUCCGGCGGGAAGGUAAACGGCGUUUCCGUGCGCUGCUCUGGUUCGCCAGAAGUGGCUUAGUCAUGCUGGCCACAUGACCCGGAAGCUGUACGCCGGCUCCCUCGGCCAAUAAAGCAAGAUGAGCACUGCAACCCCAGAUUCGGCCACGACUGGACCUAAUGGUCAGGGGUCCCUUAACCUUAAUCUUAACACUGGGCUACCCUUGAUGGUCUGUAAACUGCAGCUAUGCAGGGGGAGGGUGAAACUGGCAAAAGUCACCACCCUAUUCAUUCAUUAGAAGGUUUCACCAGAUUGCAGUCUUUCCGCAACUGGAAGAAGACUUUCUGUUCAUGGAAUAGACAGUCUGGAUCCAGACCUCUGUUUUGAAUGUGGUUACUUUCCAUUAUACAAGUGCUGAAAUUUAUAUAUGGCAGAAGUUUCACAGAGAAGAAGUUUUAUGCACAAAGACAUAAAGCAUGUUCCCUCUUUAAUAAGAGAAAACACAGUUUACUUUUAGACACACAAUGGAAACACUCCCAACACAUCAAUCAGUUUGUGGAGUAAUCUGUAGAGUCAGCAUAUAAAUUAACCUACAUGCCACCUUGAGAUUUCAAAUAAAUUGCAAAAAAAGCUUAGCAAAACUGUGUUUAAAAUGUUGACCAUGUGCCUGAGCAUAGGAGGCACUAAACAAGCUUUUCUUAGGGGAAUGGCUGUGCAUAGAUAAAAUCUGUGAAGAAUCUGUGCUUUGGUUUUUAAAGAUGACACAGCUGAAAUCAUCAAAGGAAGCCGAGUAAUUAAAGGAAAUCAAUGUUUGCUUUACUAUUUGAUGUUCAGAAUCCGUGUGAACUACUUUUAGUGGAUCUCUUUCUUUCUUUUUAGUUUUAACAGAUAGUAAUCUUUGCAUCCCAAGCAGUAAUGCUUUUUUGUAUAUGCUAUAAUUUAAUUUUCAAAUUCCUUUUUUGUUGGCUCCAGGAUCACUGGAAUGGUGCAAAUGUAACUGUUCCAUGACUGAGAGUUAAAAAAUGUGCUGUGGAUUUGAAUGCUCCCUUCUCUACUCCCAGUGAAUUCUGCCAUGCCUUCCACAAAUUGUGGUAACUACAGCAUUAUAUGUGCUGUAUAUUAUAUCAGCAUUAAGAAUAUUUACCAGCAUUAAGAAUAUUUACCAUUAGAUUUCUAGAACAUAAUUUGUCUGAAAAUUGGUAAAUAAGAAUCAGUGAGAUUCAUCCAUGAAUAUGGGUUUAAUGCACACCAUAAACUUUUGCAAUAGAAUCUGAGAACUUCCUUGCCACUGUAAUAUCCUAGAUUGUAGAAUAUAUUCCUUUAGUAGAUUCAGGGACUCCCAGCUCUUUGGCACAGAGAUCAUUAGUGCUAUUUUUAGGAUUCUGAAGUUGCCAGCAUCUGUGUCACAUGCAUAUUAAUAGCCUGCCAUGUUCUCUUGCAUGCCAGUCGGUGAGUUUGAAUUUGGGUACUCCAAAAAAUAAAAAAAACAAAAAAAACUGUCUUCUUCAAUAUUUCACCUUGGUCAUGAAAUAUUACUUAUGUACUAAGUUAAACUAAAUUAUAGAUGAUGAUACUGCAUCAUUUGGAUGGAGUGAAGUGUUGUGUUGUGUGUGGUCAUCUAAGACACAAUUAAUUCAUGAAAGAGUAAUUGAAAUAAGGGACUCAGUGGAAAUCAAAUUACUUUUCCAGACAGCAAAGACGCAGAAGGUGUGAAAAUUAAUGGCUACUACUGCCCUCAACCUGCCGUCCACCACAAAGAGCUGUGCUGAUCUUGUAUCUUUACGAUGGUGUUCCAGUACUUAGAAUCAAUACAUUAUUUCGCUAGGAUAAUGAUGAAACUAGCCUAGUGAAAAAUUCCAUUCUGCUGUUGGAAUUCUAUGUGAAUUAAGUAAUCAUUCCAGGGUGUCUUCUUAGAAGACUGGCUUAAUGAAUGGUCUGAAGAUGAAACUUACAUGAUUCACAAAUCUACUCCCAAAUAAUGUGUGUGUUUGUAUAUGCACAAGGGUGCUUGUAAAGGCAGCUUUCAUCUCUGCAGCUUAAUCAUCACAUUUAUUAGUCAUAAAAAAAUUCAAAGCUCGCUAAGGGUGAGGGUGGGGAAUUUCAAAUCAUCUCUAAGAGUGGGAUAAGGGUUUCACUUCCCUAAAGAUUACAUAGUAGUUCAACUGCUUUACAAAACAAGGGCCUAAGAAAUAUUGGCUUGGAUUCAGAGUUCCUAAUCGUACGAUACUGGGAAAAGAGGAGGUGGGAGAUUUUGUGAUCCAUGAAAAGCUACUGUUGGGAUCUGGGGCAUCGUCUGAAAACAACCCAUCAAAAUCAAUAGGGCUUGGUUGUCAAUCUCUCUCUCUCUCUCUCUCUCUCUCUCUCUUUCCCUCUUCCCCCCCCCCCCAACUCGGUCUUAAUUUUAGUUUGCUCCAGUUCUACAUCAGUUUACGAACAAUUUUUUAAGUCUGCAUGGAAAAGUAUAUGCAUUCUCUGUGCAUUUCUGUCAGUCCUUUCUUCGUCUUCUUUUACAAGCAAUUUCCACAGGACAAUGCAUUUCUGUAUAUGCACAAAUAUCCAGGCUGUGUACAAGUAACUCAAAAUUUAUACAUAUUAACUUGAGUGCAUUCAGCUUUAUGUGGUUGGCAACAAUUUUUUAAAAAAAAUUAAGGUGGCAAAAAGGGAGCAGGCACUGGCGGGGACCCUUUGGUCUUUUAAAAGGUGAGGGUUUUUUGGGAGGGGUUAUUGGGUAGAUUUUGUUUUGAUUAUGUAUUUUGUGGUUUUAUAUUUUGAUUUUAUUCUGUAAACCGUCCUAAGACCUCAAGGUAUAGGGUGGCAUAUAAAUUCAAUUAUUAUUAGUAUUACUACUAAUAAUAAUAUCACCCACAAUUAGACCCAAUGUAUUUUUACUAUACACAAUUUUGAUUUUAUGCACUAUCCCCAGAAUGUAACCCACUGUAUACACUUUCCCUUCAUAUAUGCUUUUUUGUACACAAAUUUUGGUUGGAGAACAGCACCACAAAAUUCAGAGAGCUGCAAAAUUUGAAAGAGUCGUGUUUCAAUCUGCAUAUUGCUGUAGGGAGUGCAAAUUAAGUGUGUAGUGAAUAAAUUUCACUCCUAUCCCUACUUGUUUCUGAGUAAGGCUUCUUUUGCACAUGUUAGAUCUGGCUCUGGAGAGCUUAAAUUUGGCUAGAUCAUGCCUAUCAUGUUUUCAAUCUAUUUUUGAAUUGACAAAAUCAUGAUUUUUUGCUUCUGCCUACUGCAUAUUUACUCAGCUGUAUUAAUGCUGAGUUCAGUGGGAUUCAUUCCCAAGUAAAUGUGCAUGUCAUUACACCCUAAGUUGUGUCCCAAAUAUUUAGCUUUGAAGAAAACAAGGAAACUACCAUCCCGGUCACCAAAUUUGAAAUCAGAACUGCAUGAAUUGCAAAAUACCAUAAUGGAAGAUUGCACCCCCAUUUUUACCACAGUGUAUUAUUAUCUGCAUAGGUGCUAUUAAAAAAUUAUAGUCUCUUGUAGCGAAUAUCAGAAGAAAUGUUAAUACUGUAGUAAAACAAACAAAAAACCUGAAGAAAUCCUGUGUGAGAUAUUUUUAGUUUUGUAUACAUUAUUGUAAGCAUUGGCAGGCAAAGCAUUGCAAUAAUAGCAAACAAAAAGUGUUGACCGUGCUUUUAGAAAGUGUUUGUAGUACUCUCCCAAAAAAAUCAAUGUUUGGCUUUGCUCAUUGUCUAUUACUUUUGUGGCCUGCAAGCACUGUGCUUUGCUGAAAAAGCAAAGCACAAAACAAAGCAGCUCCUUAAAAUUUCUAUAGCUAUUGAAGAUGUUCCCCCAUUCUUGGCUUCAUUUGAUGGCCAGAACACCUGAGAAUUAUUCAUCUCUGAGUGGAGAAUGGAAUGUGAAUCCUCCAGUUGUUCAGCAGCAUUCAGCAGGGAGAGCAAGCAGGGUGGUGUUAUGUGCCUGGCUUCCCAAUCUGAGCAUAGUUGCCAUUUUCUGAGAGGGCAAGGGGUCAGGCUCAGUGCAGUGUUAGUAUGGCAGCAGAGCCAAUUCAGUGCUCCUGUUGCCCAUGCUACACUGAACUCCCCAUGCUUCACCCCUUCCCCUUCUGAAAGCUCUUCAGAACUAAGCAAAUUAAAAAUGCUUAUGGUAAAUUUUGGAUUUUUCAUUACAAAUAGGGCACUGGAAGGUGAUGGGAACAUGUGACAGAGAAAUGAAAGGUGGAUCAUUAUGGGAAUUGUUCUUGUAGCUUUUCUAGAAUGUCUCCAUAGUCAUAUCAAAUGAGUCCAUCUGUUUUUGGUAUUUUUCCCCCUCUCAGACAUAGGAAGAGAAAAAGACACAUAUACAGAUGAUUCAGAACAUGGGAAUUAUGAUUCUCGUACAGAUCAGUCUCUGCUUAUUAAAAAUACGCCUACGAGACAGAAACCAGAGACUCGGACUAAGUCAUCAUUGAAGGUAAUGAAUUAUAGGAUAUGGUUUUUGCAAUGUAUUGUUAUUUCUGCUAUCGGGAUGGUUCACUUUUAAACAUGCAUUAGGUUGGUCCAUUACAGACAAACGGAUUGACCACUGUAAUGUAAUACUAGAGCUAUGAGGCUGAUAAAGUCUAAGAGAAGUCUUCCAAGUAUGAAAUGUCAGAAUAGAUUAAAUUAAAGAGCUAGGAUUAGUCCAUGUGAUGUUGCCAUGUUCUCACCAGUGCAAUAAUUGUUUGUUUAGUGUCUUCUCAGUUUAAGAUUUUCAGGGCUAUUUAAUGAAAGGACAGACAGACAGAAGGGACAAGGAUUUUACAUGGUACAGAUAAUCUUGAUUUGUUUAGUCAGUGACCCAUGGCCAGAAGAUGUGAUGGAUUGUACAUCACACAUAUAUGAGUCAAUUUUGAGGUUACACAGUUUCCUGGUUUAGAAGUAACACGAUCUGCUUACCUGAGGCAACCAAUUCUUCACCUGUGAUAUCAAUCUGACAUAAAAUCCAUUCCAUUAAUAAAAGGUCCUCUAAGAUAAAGGAUAAAGGAUCAUCUGUAUUGUAACAAAUAAAAUAUGGCAAGCUGAUAUUAAGCACAAGUCCCUAAAUGAUAACAUGCAUGGCUAUAGCAAUGGAUCCUUCCAUUUUCAAAUACCUUCAGUUUAUGUAUGCAAAGAUUGCAUGGGGAAAAGUGAAUUCAUGUCUGUCGGAAGGUUUAUGGUGCAUUUAGAACCAUAUGUCAAUGGUUGCCAUUUGAGGAUUGUGUCAAAUUUGAAAGUGUUAUUAGGUAAUUAUGCUAAAGUGAAGAAAGAAAGUGUGUGAGUGGAACACCCAAAUUUCAUAUGCCUGAAAAACUAGGGAAGGAAUUCAGUGUCAAGCUCUUCUGAUUAUUCUGUCAGCACAAGUAUUUAUGCUUGCCAGAUGGAAACUACCCUUUCCCCCUCUGCGUGCUGUUCUUGGGGUUCUUCUGAGCCUACAGAGCAGAUUUGGGGAAGGAGGAAAGCCCCAUUUUGCUAGUAGGAGCCCUGUUCUCAGCUGCUGGACCUGGCUUGUCAGAUGGUGAGAGGCUCAGCAUGUGCUAAGCUAUCAGGAGGAAGGGGAUAGCUGUGGAUGGUGAGAGGACUGAAGUCUCUCCUCUUACCUUCUUUCUCCUGUUUGUCUCCUUGCCUUGAAUAGUGGUCCCUUACUUCCUGGACCUCAUCAAAGUGUGGGCAGGUAUCACUGAUCUGAUUGGCUGCAGGAUGAUGGGACACUGCCACCUGCAAAGUUCUCCAGUACAGGGUUAAACUACUUGUGCCUGUGUGGAUAUUCUCUCUGAAACUGGUUUUUAUUCAAAAGUGUGAGUCUGCAUUAAAAGUAUGCUCAAUGGGUAGAGGGGUGGCACAUCUCCAUCCCUUUUGGCCCUAUUAUUAAUUCAAAAUUAGUCUUCUGAGUAAGAAAAAGAAACAUUUUUUUUCUUUUACCCCAUGAAGCGAAAUGUGGCUUGAAAGUGGUGACUUUGCUAACAAUAAUGGCUUAAGCAGAUUCUUCCUUCCAAUGAAGAUGUUGUGGGCCAGCCUUCAGGAAAAUGGAAAAACUUGGGAAGUUUGCUGCUAUGGCCUAACCCUAACCCAUUGCCUCAGAUUUGAAUAAGGAAAGAAAAGGCAUGAUAAUGUCAGGUUUGAGAUAGAAUGGUUUUAUGGAAAUCAUAUAAUUGUGACCAUAUAUAAUUUGUCCACUUGUAAUGCAUUUAAAAACCAAUGCUAUAGACCUGUAACUUUCUGCGUCUUUGGCAGGACAAUAUCCUUUCUUUAAAAUUAAUAGCACAUUGUGCUUUGUUUAAGCUUGUAGUAUCACAGUUAAUUAUAAUUUUAAAUUAAAAUAUUCUAAAUUAAAUUUAUAUAUUUGUCAAGAAAAGAAAAGAAAAGAAAAAGAAAACCCAUGAGGAAAACAUAUACGAGAUUAAUUGUCGCAUUUAGUUUGUGUCACAAACAGAGGGAAGUUUGUUGUAAUCUGUGAGCUUUCUUGACAGACCUUUCAGAUGCUUCAUUGCAGUUGUAAACCUCUUCUGAAAGGCUGUAACUCCUGCAGCUUGGAUUCUUUCAGAUGAAAAGUUUCAUGGGCUCUGAACGGUGUCUGCAUGCUAAUGCAAACUAUUUAGUUGCUGUCCUCAACAGCAGUGGCCAAUUUUCUGUAAAGGGCAGAUACCUGGGAUUCAUUAUUCAUUGCUGAGUUAUUUACCAGUUCUUCUCUUGGGGCCAAAUGAUGAAGUUCUUAAUCCCUUUCAUAUUGACUUCCGCAGGAAACUUUUCAGCAGUGCAGCAAGCUCAGGGCAUUAAAGCUUUUCAAACCUCUUACCCAAAAGAUUGGUGUAAUUUAAGUUACAGCACUGUAAUACUGUGUAAGGAUUUUGAGUAUAAUAUCCAUGAAAAUGGUAAGGGCAGCCAAUGAGAUAAAGCAACAUGAGUCCUACAUGCUACUUCAAGGAAGCAAGGUUGAUGCUGCGGUUUUCUGCAGUAUUCAUAAAGUAGCAUAUAUUUCAUUGCUUGUUCCGUGAGUUUAUUUGGCUCUUUAAUUGCCCUCACUCCCUAAUCAUACAGUCAUGCCAAGUACCUGCUCCCUGCUGGACAUGGUCCCUUCAAAGUCUCCAUCAGUUGUACUACCUCACUUUGGGUUCCAGUUACUCCUGUUCACUCACCAAAGGAUUCUGCCACUAGCCAUGGCUAUCUUCCCUUCCUUUACUGUUAACAGGAUCCACUCUUCUAGCCUUCCAUAAUCCUCUAGUGUUCAGAAAUAUAAACUGAACCUGUGUAGACUGGGCUUUGGAUUUUAUUUAUUUGAUUCCAUUUCUGAAUUUCUUCCCAUAAAAUAUCUCAAAGCAAUUUGACAGUACAAUCAUAAACAAUUAAAACAAUUAAAAAAACAUCCCACGUGUAAAAACCUUUCCAUAUGCAAACAAAAAGAACUUCAGGUGUGAAAACAAUUUUGAAUCCAAAAUAGGAUAAAGAUCUCCUUUAAAGAAGCUUGUUAAAAAAGGAUAGUCUCCAAUAGGCUUUUGCUACUGACAACCCCUGCAGGUGAAUCCAGAAUUUACUGAUGCAAAAAGUCCUAAAUAUCAAAUGCCAAACACUUGUGAUAAACUGCUGAAACUAGAGAUUAUUUAUUGCCAAGAGCAAUGUCACAAUUCAUCAUGGCCUAUAACGUUUGCAGUUGUCCGAUCUUUGACAGACCGCUGCAUAAUGACUUCUUGGAAGAUGUGUUACUGUGUCAGCAGAUUUGGGUAUGAUUUUCCAUCACCACGAAUUGCUGCGUUAGAAUCACCUGUGGGCAUGUAUGUUUUCAAUUUAUUCAACUCAGAGUAAAUGGGUGCUGGUUACGUAACCUUCAGGGGUGCUAAAGGCACUGGAUUAGUAUCUCCUAAGAAAAACACCUGCUGUCCUCUUGUUCAAGUGUGUGAACAAACGUAUGGAGUAUAACUGGGUUUCUUUUAAAAAUGAAGAUUUGGUUAAGACUGAACUGUAUUUACCGGCAUCAUUCUUCUGUGCCAUUUUUAUAGUGGAAUUGUGCAUUUUAUUUUAUUUUAUUAUGUUGGGAACCAGGAUUAUUCUUCAUUGGGUGAUGAAGGGGAGGACUCCAAACCUGAAGGGGAAAGGCACACAGGGCCAGACCCAGAACAACUGCUGUGAGAUUGAACCUGCAGGGCCAGCCCAAAGAUGUGGCACAGACACUGCCAUUCUCUGACUAAGAGAAGCCCCAGGUGGACCUCAGGCUCCCCAGCUCCAUCGCAGUAGCAGAUAAGUGCAGAAGACUGGUGGCUUUUAAGUAGAGUCAAAGAGAAAAACAACUACAGUGGUACCUCGGGUUACAUACGCUUCAGGUUACAGACUCCGCUAACCCAGAAAAAGUACCUCCGGAUGAGAAUAGAAAUCAUGCUCCGGCGGUGCGGCAGCAGCAGGAGGCCCCAUUAGCUAAAGUGGUGCUUCAGGUUAAGAACAGUUUCAGGUUAAGAACGGACCUCUGGAAUGAAUUAAGUACUUAACCCGAGGUAGCACUGUACCAGACUUUGGGAAGACAUCUGAAGGCAGCCCUGUUUAGGGAAGCUUUUAAUGUUUAACAGACCAUUGUAUUUUAUUUUUUUGUUGGAAGCCACCCAGAGUGGCUGGGGAAACCCCAGCAGACAAAUAUGGGCAGAUAAAUUAUUAUUAUUAUUAUUAUUAUUAUUAUUAUUAUUAUUAUUAUUAUAUCUUGCAGUACAGGUACUGCUAACAAUCAGGCCACACCUGUUGCUACUGCUAUAUAUAGUCUCAAUUUCCUCUUGUCCCUUGCUGAAGAAAAUUCAGGGCUCUGUGUUCCCAUAGGCCUUGCCUAGCAUCUAGGCUGCCCCCUGCCUCACCUUGUCCUACACCCCUACGUGGGCCUUGCCUUACUGGAGGACACCUUUAUCCAUUGUUAGGAAUAAUAAUAUCCAUGGUUACUAGAGAUGGGCAAGCUCAUAUUGGAUUUACUUGGAAAUUACCUGAAUAUGUCUUCAAAGAAUUGGGAAAGCUCAGAUAUGAUUUUUGAGCCAAUUGAAGGAUUUGGGGAAAUGCACUGGCCGAUUCUUAACAGCCCCCUUUCCCCCUAGCAACUGUCCUCUGAGCCAGUCUGUCAUCCCUCAAAGACUUCUCUUCUUUCACUUACCUAACAAGUGGCAGAAGUGUAAGGAGAAGUAACAGUGGUGCAAAAGGAGAGGAAAGAAGAGCUCCCCCUACUUAUCACCGAAACAUGCUGAUUUUAGCAGUGUAGCUGGGCAUCUCAAAGUGGUGAACAAGGAGAUAGAUAUGCAGAGCAAGAAGGUAAGGCUGAGUACCCUUUUUUUUUCCAUGCUCAGAAGAAUUUCAUUUGGCAGCCCUGUAAACUUGCCUAAGGGCUGAAGUAAGAUUUUUACUGGGCUUCCAAAUCCAUCUGACACUCUUAGCUACUAUACUUCACUGACUCUCAACUGGAGGUUUUUAAGCAGAAGUUGGAGGACCAUCUGUCAUGGAUGCUUUAGUUGAGAUUCCUGCAUUGCAGGUGGUUGGACUAGAUGACUCUCAAGGUCCCUUCCAACUCUGCAAUUCUGUGAAAUUUAAAAGCAGCUUCUCUUGAUCAGUUUAGAUUUGUUACACUAGCCAAAUAGGGUUAUGCUGUGCAUAUUCUGGUUCAGGAUUUCAAUCCAAAACAUCCAUUGCGAUUUAAACAUUUUAGAGUAUUAUAAGAAAGGAAAUAGUGGAAUGAUAUCUAACUAAUGUGUCCCAUAGGCGCAAAGAUUUCUGCUUGUGAAUGGAGCUCUCCCCACCACCUUACACCCCCUAAAUCUGUUCUGGGGUUCCCUCAACACGCUGGGGCAGAUUUGGGAAGGGUGCAGGGUACACACCGGGAGAGGGGAAGUUAGAGUGAGCAAGUUCAAAUUCUUGUGCUGAUGGAAUGUGUUAGUUGAAUACCACCUACUAUUUCUAAAAGGAGGAGAGAAAGUGCUAUACAUUUUUCUGAUGUGAAAUACUAAACUUUUACUUUCAGUGGUAUAUGAAAAGUUGGUAAGAAAAGUUUCUUACCACUAUUAAGUUCUUCAUCUCUUACCUUAUUCAUCUCUUAUUCUUAUUCUUUUGAGUCAGACUGAGUAACUUUUCUCCAUUAGUCUCCUGAGGCAGGUUCCAAUCGUCCAUUCUCACUUUGCUCAUUUCUUUAGAUGUUCAAAUUAACUAUCACACUGUGCCUUGAAUGAUUUCAACACCCACUGGUUUAAGUGGGAUAUGAGUCGUCACGUCAGCUAAGUGACUUUAAUGCAAAAUUGUUCAGCAUCUGAAAUUGGAUUACAGGAAGAAGGAACCAGUUAAGAGGAGAACCACAGGGAGGGGAAAGCCUUUUGAUGGAAAACCAAUCACCACCAAAUGCAAUCUGAAAAUGCAGCCACAAAUAAUGUUAAUAUGGGGAGUAGAAUCCUGAACCCAAAGUGAAAUGGCACGACUUGAUGGAUGCCACAAGUUUAACUUCAUGUGCACUUCUCAUUUAUCUGCCACAGUUGUUAAAUUACUCACUUGAACUAAUUGGAAAAUUGCUUUCCCAAGACCUAUCGAUCAUAAAUUAUUGCUGGAUGGUUUGUCAUAGUUUAGGGGGAAAAACACUUCAGGAAUGUAAGAGUUGUGCAGAUAUUUCACCUGAAUGAAUACUUGCAGGUUAGACUUUGAAGGGGAAAUGUAGAGAUGGGGCAAGAGAGAAACACUCCUCCCUGGUCCCUACUUAUUCAUAAAAAUUGCCCAUGUCUAGUGGUGCUUUUAUCAGUAUCCACUGUCAGUAUUCCAGUGACCAAGCUGGGACAAAAGAAGCUGCUUUCAUCAGCUUGCACAGAAUUCUAUGGGUUUCUGUUCUGGCCUUGCAUAGCAGUUGUGUAAACUGUGCAUGCCUUCCUCAUUGAUCAACACUUGGCAGGAAAGUGUCAUGAAUUCUACUCAUAUUGAUCCAGAACAGAAUUCAACGUAUAGUUAGCAGAGAAAAAAUUAAACACGUUGCAGGAUUCCCCCCCCCCCAAAAAAAAGAAACAACAGAACAGAGGCAAUUAAUAUUUCAUCCAGCAGAGCUUUACUGCUACUGAAGGCAAAUGAGCAUAAUGGUCACAAAUUGAAUAUAUUCAGGAUUGGCACUGUCCAUAAGAAAUCCAGUUGCAGCAGCUUAACUUUAAUUUAUAAUAAGACUACAACCUUAACACUAAACACACUUUAUACAGAAUACCACACCAGAAGAAAAAAUAGAUAGUGAAGCCCAGACUCCUUCUGGCCUUAUUAUUAUAGUCAGCUUGACCUUGACAGAAAGAGAUAACAGAACCAGUUUAAGCCAGCUGUACUCAGCUUCUCUGAAGGAAUAACCCAAACACCAGGAACCUUCUGCUUGUUUCUAGAAUAGAAACUUAUGUGGCAGAUAGAAAUUUCCAGCUUGCACCAGUUUCUUUCACAGAGAAAAGCUUCCAGAACCCUCUUGAAUUAAUUAGAACAGGAAAGAUCUCUACACAUCAGAUCAAUACUUUCUGUACCAAGAAAUGCAAACUGACAGAAAGGUCUCUUCAUCUGUCCCAUCUACCCCAAAACCACUGUUUGUUGGUAGUAGCCAAGAAUAGCAGUGCAUGGGCUCCACAACAGAGCACUCCUUUUUGCUUGUUGAUUCUUAUACAAAAAAUCUCUUUAAAGGCAAAGUUCACGGAAAAACAAAGGAACAAAUUAGAAAUGUGGAAGUGUAAAUACUUAAUAGUUGCCUUAAGAAGAGCAUAGGGUAGAUUCAAGCUUAGGCUGAAUGCAGAAGAACGAAUGAUGAUCCCAGGAUCUAGGAAAAUACAAGCAAGCACCUCAUGAAUUUAGAGAAGGGAGUAGGAGAGCUCAAAGGAGGGGGGGGGGAGAGAAGGUGUGCAGUUCUGGAGUAUUGAGAAGCAGGAUGGGGUUUCUUGUGUCCAGGCAGUCACAGACUUGGGUGCUGGAGAUAUUACAAAUGAAAGGGGUGUGAUUUCUAGGCUCAAAUAAAAAAGAGAGUUGUCUUUGACAAGAUAAAGACAGAAUGUGAGUAUUGUGUCCAUGUCUGUCCACUUGUGUUUAUGUCUAUGAACAAAGUGGUUUACUACCAGUAUUUUUGCUUCUACUUAUGGAUAUAAUGCUAGACUUAAUAGAGCAGCUAGCUGGCCAAAAAAACUGAUAUCAUGUUAUCCUAUCAAUGGAACAGAAGCAAAAUUGUUUCAUUUGAGCUUCAAAGACUCCUACGUUUUGCUUUUGGAAAGUCAAACCAGUGUAGGAACAGAUCACGUCCUGAACCCUGUUGUUAAUCAGUUUGCUUUUAGAGCUGAAUUACUAAGACUAAUGUUUCUCUGAGCAGAAUAGCUAGAAUAUGUUCCUUUGUCAUAGCCUUGAAAUGCAAUUAUCAGUUUUCACUUGCAAAUUUAUGUUAAUGACAUUAUCAUUGGUUGAUGAUCUAGCUGAAUAUGGGACAUCAGCUCUUCAUGUAUUUAUCACUUGUUAUUUAAUCAGGAAUUUUUAUUUAAACAACCAGGCAAUUUUUAAAAUGUGCAGGUUUUUUAAUGGUCUGUUUUUCACUGGUAAAUCACCAGGGACCCUCAUCACCAGAUUUGAACCUCAGCAAUUAAAAUAAUUUACUAAAAUAAAUGAGUGGGCUGGUUAUGGACUCUGUUCUUGUUUUGCCAACCAGGCCCACUUCCAUACUGGCUGAAGUAGCAUCUUCAGUUCCUCCUAUGGAAAGAGGUUGGACUGCCAAAGAAAGCUAUCUGACAAAGGUGAGAUAGCAAGAGGAGGACAGAGGUGAAAUGGCAAGAGGGAAGGGGAUUUAGCCUACUAUCAUAACAGGGACUAAAUUCAGAGGCAUGAUGGGCUGGAGAUUCCUGAUUUAAGUGGCCCAAUUUUCAGAGUAUCUGAAUUUAGCCAUCCUAGUGAUAGUCCAUCUUUCUUCAGAAGGCCAAAUCUGGUUUUUGAGGUUUAGCUUUAACAUGAUAGACUUCUCAUGUAAAAAAAGCACAGAAACAAAAUAAUUCCCUUGCUAUAACUAACCAGUGGCCAUCUAGUUUAGUGCUACAACUGUGGCCAGAGCCUGGGUUGAUGUUGGGUCACUCACUGUGGAUAGAGGUGUCCAGUCUCAAAGAGGGAAUGUCUGAUUUCUCCCUCUUUCCAUUUAUCUAUUUACAUUUCUCCAUCCACGUAUGUAACGUUAGCAUUAGUUGCAGGUGCACUGUAUUCAAUUCUGCCACCACUCCUAAUCACAGUUAGCAAGGCAUCAAUCAUUUCAAGCUGUGUAUGAAAGUUGUCUCCUCCUCCAACCCAGAAAGAAAUCAUUGGUAUACUCUGAAGGCAGAAUGCUGACCCAACUUUUCCACACAUGUGCUUGAACCAUUCUAUCAUCCCUACUGGUUCCAUCCUAUGAAAGUGGCAAGAACUGAAAAUAAGUUCAUAAUCACCAAAAUAAGGAGCUUGAAACAUGCAAAACUCUCCUGCUACAUCUGUUUAUAGGGUGUUAUAACCUGUGCACUACUGUACCCUGUCAUGCUAUUCCAAGCCCACAAAGCUGCCACCAUCUUCUACUAACAAUUAUCUUUAGCUGGGUUCUUUCAUUUAGGACGUUGGUUUUAUUCUGUGGAUGGGGAGAACACUUGGUUUGCUUCUCAGCUAGUGUGGUCCUAGAAAUGAAAAUACCCACAUUCAGAAAGGUGGUUUUCCCCAUAGUUCUCCACUUUUCAACUUUCCUUCACAGCAGAUUGAGCACAGAGUAUCCUAAGGAGAACACACUCACCAGUUAAAAGUGCUUGACAAUAUUAUUUUCUCUCUCUCUCUUUGUGUGUGGAUAUUUUAUAGCUAUUGCUUAAAUGAUCAGUAGAUCAAACUGCUUUAAUAAUUGAUUCAAAAGCAUAUUAAAGUACAUUAGUAGCAAAUUACUUUCAGAAUGGUUAGUAAGAACCCUAUUAAAAUAAAACAGAUCUUGUUGAAGCAAAUGACUAUGCUAAUGGGUUUAAGGUACCGUGGACAAGUUAUAAAUCGCCGUGUAACUAUGAAGCUGAUACAAGGCUUUAAACGGCAUUGUGGAAAAUGAAAUGUUCACUGUUUCAGGGAAGGAUAUCAAAAUCUAUGCAGAAAGGCUUUGAGCCUUGUGGUUCUUUAAAUAUUGGUGCUGAUCAUGAGUGAAUAUUGCAUUUAGAGUUCGGUCACGCAGGGUUCUUUUUUUUCUUUUUCUUUUUGACAAAGCAAAACUCCUACACAAACCACUGGGAACGAUGCCUCAGUGUGGACUAUUGAAUCAAGCUCCUUUCUGUUUCCAAUAUUAAGUAAUGUGUGAGUGAAUAUCAAGGUGGUGAAUCAAGCCUACCCGAGGAAAGCCUGGGGGCAUGAUGACUUAAGAUAAUAAUGGGUUGUCUUUGGACACUCAUUGUAUAAUAGAACUAUGUGCUCAAAUUUGAGAAACCUCCGAGGGGUUCUUUUUAUGAAUCCCGCUGGAGCAAUUUCACAUUACCAAGAAGGUUGAGACAGCAACAGUUCUAUAAAGUUGUAGCAGUGAGAGGCUCUCUCCAGCAUUCUGAAAUCUUUGGCUUUAUGAAGGCUACAGAGAAGCAGCUCCAUGGAAAAGGCUACCUUGACGAAGACCUUCUACCUUCAAAUGCUGCUCUCUCACUUUCAAGCAUGGACAAAAAGGUAACAUACAUAAUUUAGUGUUUCUGUUUUAGGGCAAGAUAAUUCCUAGUUAAAGGGAAAUGUAGUAUCUGAGCUGCUGCUUGUUCGGCAGCUGAGUAACUUCUCUGUAGAAUAUGAUUUGCAUCUCUGUUUAAACGUCUGAUCAAAAACAACUCUGAAAUAUUGCCUAAGUAACUGUAUUAACACUGGCAAAUUAAGGGUCAAUGUAACUAUAAUCUCGCUCCUUUAAAAUCCCUGUGGGUGUCCUCAUUGACUUCAGAGAAACUGAAGGACUGCACCCUGUGUAAUUUGAGAAAUCACUUACUGGUUUGCUAGCACAGAGAUGUGUUGCAUGGUUUGCCGUCUUUUUGUUUUUCUCAUUGCCUACCCAAGAUUAUGCAAAGUUUGUUCAUCAUGCAGUGAGCCAUCAUUUUUUGUUUGCAAUUCAUUUUUAGGCAUCCCUGGGGUCAAAUAGUUUUCUAGUACAAGAGAAGCGGUUAACAUUACAAAUGACCAGGCAAAGCUCAGCUGUAUUACAGAGAGGGUAGUGUCUGAAACAAGGAGUAAUGUGGUAACUGAAGUAAAGAUGGUGAAGUUUUUACAUAUGCUAGAAGGCACUCAGAGUGGCUGGGGCAACUCAAAUGGGAGGGGUACAAAUAAUAGAUUUUUUGUUGUUUGUUCAUUUGAUCAAAUGAGUCAGGUUUUCAAUCAUGUUUCCUGCUCUGCAUUUUAUAAAGCUGUCUGGAUAUUUAUUAUAAAAGAAAUGUUUCUCUGUGGGAGAUUAGAAUGUUACACUCAGUUCCACUGAACUUGGUAACAGGCGUUAACCUAGAAAAAAACAAAACCCUCUAUUCAAACCACAGUUCAAGCAUAUUUUGGACUUCAUCUACAGUUUAUCAUAUGCUGAAAAUCUAGCCCGGAACAUGUGCAUUGAUUUAUAUAUAAUGGUGAGUCUUAACAAGCAGACAGAUGGUUCCAUCUUGUCGCUUCUAGUUGUUUUGUCAGUGUCAUAUGCUAAAACAGCAUCCAGCACUUGACAAAGUAUAGUACCACCAUAUAGCUAUGCUCCGCUUGCUACGUGUGGUACACAAGACCUCUGUGCUUUUUGCUUAUUGUCAGAAUUUCCCAGCAUAGCUUCACACUAAUACUACUAGCAUGAGGCAUUAUCCUAUUUCCAAGGUAACAAGCCUUACUGAAGCAAAGUCAAUUGUGAAUUAACUGGGAAUUUGAGAUUUACAGCUGAAAAUGCCUGUUCUUCUGGAAGCAAUUUAAGAUAACAGCAGAGAGCGUUGUGAUUUGGUGCCACAAAAGAGGUGAAAGGGAAAGAAAGGCAGAGAUAAAGUUAUCAUCAGCUGGCUAGCUGCAUAGUAUUUUAUUAUAGGACUUCAAGUAAAACAUAUGUCACCCCCUUGAAUCCAGUGCUUAUAAAUGUUCUGCAGAAGAUGAGCUUUACAAUUACUUGAUGAACUUUAAAGUUACUGAUACAGAGACAGCCACUGUGGUGCUGUGCAGAUGAUGAUAGGCUAAAACUCCCACUCAAUACUAGCCAGCAUGGCCAAUGAUCAGGGAUGAUGGGAGUUGUAGUCCAUCAACAUAUGUCAGGCACCGUGUUGCCAAUAGUCUGGAUAUUAGAAUUUAAAAUACUAGCCUGGAGUUGGCUCCAGUACCCUCAAUAGUUGUGCAACAGCUGUGACAAUUGCAGCAGGAGGCUUGAUCUCUUUUAUCUCUUUCUCAAAAGGAUAAAUUCGCAACAUUUGGUAGACCCAUGCCUUUGUCAAUUACCAGGCAGGUGCGCCAGCCCCAAGUGCAGACUUGUACCUGCAGCUUUUGGAAGCAGCCCAAUCUGUUUCAGAGCCAGUCUAGUUAUUCAUGACCGAAUUAGAUUCUGGGGGGAAGAGCAUGGUUUCCCCAGAAACACUUGGGUGCAGGGCAUGUCACUUUCUACCAAGGACCUCUUUAGGAUUCUUGGUCAGUAGUGGGCUUCCAUGACCUCCCACAGAUUUUGGAGAUUCAGUGUCUUCUCUCUGGGAGAGAAAGCACUCUCCAUUGACAUGCAUGGGGAAAGAGAGGUGAAAAUGUCACGCGUAAAUUGUUACCCAAAGGAUCAUUGACAGGGGGUGGGCUUCUGCUCUCUCAGUGGAUUUGGAGGGAUACAAUAGAGAAAAUAGGAGAAGGCAUAGAUUAAAUGAAAAACAGUUUUUAGUCCCUCACCACACUGUGCCUGGGGAAUGUUUGCCCUGGGAAAAUAAUUCACUGUGGAUAAAAGCUAGACCUGUCCAUCAAGACAAAAAAACUCCCUCAUCUAUUAAGCUCUGGGAAUUUUCCCAGUCAGUCAGCUUCAUUUUGUUUCUAGGGGGGGUGGGGGAUACAAUUUUUGUGCAUUUUUUGUGCACUUUUUGAACAGGGAAGACCACUGAGCUUUUCAGAAGGUUAAAGAGCACCUGAUCUGACUCAAUACACCUUAUUAAUGGUGCAAUCUGAUUUAGGAAUAUGAGGACCUUUCCCAAAUCACUCCAGCUUACCCAGAGCUGAUGCAUACCCUUACCAAUUACAUAGCAACACUUUUAGAUUUGCAGUAUGUUAGGUAUUCGCCUUGUAAGUAUACCAAAUAUUGAGAUAAAUGUGUGGAAUAUUGUCUCAUGGUCUUGUCAUAAUCAGAAUAUGGACCAUUUUCCCAGACCAAGUUCAAAGAUAAAUAGUACAUGGUUUUGAGGGUGAUCUUUGUUCAGCCCGUGCUCAAAUGUUUCCAAGAUUCACAGUCCAUUUUAUCAUUAGUAAAAUGGCAUAGUUUGCUAUCAUUAGGAUAGUGUGCAAAGAAUAGAUUAGAAAAUUCACGACUUGCCAGUCUCCUAGUUCUAAAUGACCCGUGGACUGAAUAAAAAACUGCAAUCAGCAUCAUAAAGCAGAAAUGCUCAGCCCCUGAAACAAGUAAAGUAAUGAAAAUGAAGAGAAUAUGGGCAGAAUGUAUCUAUAUCUAUCUGUCUCUUUCUCUGGUGUGGCAGGAGAAAACAGCAAGUUUGGUGGGAAGAUUCAAGAAACAUUUAAACGUUAUAGUAUAGUAUAAACACAUUUAUUUGCAGAAUAGAUAUAUAUCUUUUCAAAAUCUAAGCAGGAGUAUAAAGUGAUACUGAGGACUAUCCUAGUUGUUUUUCAAUGUAUUUAUAAAUAAUAAAUUUGAUGCAGCAUAAGCAAUUUUUUAUUUUGAAAGUGUGUCCCAGAUAAAAGUUUGAGAACCACUGAGCUAGAGGCUGCAGAGGUUUCCUUAGUACCAAAUCAAUUCACCAAUCAUCCAUUGUUCUGCAGGAAACAGUCACAAAACACAGGAUCAGAGUCUGAUGCAUGACAGGCAAACAUGGGGACAAUGUUUGCAUGACAGGCAAACAACUGUUUUGACACCAUGCUCUAUGUGAUUUUCCUCCCAAAUUGAUGGUCUACCAAAGAUUAACAGGCAGAUGGGAUCAUAUUUAUUCAUCUCAUUGUUGAGCCAUGACAAGCACUAUGUCACACAUCUGUUUUCAGCAACUCGGGAUUAGUUAGGCCAGAGGGUCCUGUGCCUAUGGAUUUAGAAGUUAAGCAUGAUUUAGAAUAUCGCCUUCAGUCUGGGACACUGCAGACAGCAGUGCGAAGUCUGAAGUCAGUUUGUAGAGACUUUGAUUAAUCACCCAGGUGACAAUAUCUGUCCGUCCUUUGUUUCAAAUUAGUGCCUUGCAUGAAACUUACAAAUUACUAACCUGGCUGCUGUCCAACCAGUGAUGUCUUAGCAUAGCUAAAAUAUAGCGGGAAAAUGGAUUUAAUGUUGCAUUGAUUACAUGGUAGUACAGGCGAAAAGGCUAUCUGAGAACACCCGUUGCAGAUUCUGUUAUUGAGUUCAUUAUCACAUAUAACAGGAAUGCUGGUAUUUAGAUCAAUAAGUUAUAAUAAAGAGAACCUCAGCAACAUAGGUCUUCUAAUGCUGCAACCACCCUGCCACUUGCUAUCCCCCCCCCUCCAUCUGACGUGAAGCAUAUCCAAGAAAGUCCACUUGAUCAAUAAAGAGCCAAAGGCAUAUCAAAGCUGUAGGAAUCUUAUCUACGAAGUGGACCUUUGAUAUAUUGGUCAUUUUUUCUUUCAUUCUUUUACUAUGCAUUGCAUGUAACUUUUCUAUUAGGAUUAAUGUUCAAUCAGGAGUGUGGAACAAAAAAGGAUUGAUUUUUAUAACAGCAAUGACAUUGCUCUUACCUCUUACAAAAAGAAUAGGAAUUCUGCAAAUGUCAUGCUAGUUCAGGUGGUGUGUACAUUUUACUAUAUUCAAUUUCUUUUGUUAGCAAGUGUGAUGCAGUGUUGACAUUUUGGAAGCCAAAUAAAGGCCUUUCCCAAUGAGUAAAUACAUUGCUUUCCCCUUAAUCUAACACUUGUGCUACCUUGAUUCAGGAUCAGCCAUACAACAUCUCACCCUCAACUAACAGCCAGGAAUAACUGGGCUGCAGGAAUAGUGUAUAUUGUGAUACACUUAGAAGGGUGGGGGAGAGAUGUGUGGUACAAUGCUGGAGAAGGGCAUCUUUAAGAAUGAAAAGAAGGAAAUUUACAAAAAGAAAACGAUAGAAGAAGAGGUUCGCAUAACAGAGGUGUUUCGCUGUGAGAAAGAGUUGACAGCUGUGCUAUUUGAGGCUGUCAUGGCCUUCUGUUCCAAAUAACCUCUAACCCAAUCAAAUUAAAAUUUACUGUACUGCAAAGAAAUGCCUUACAAUGCAUCGGAGGGACUAAAGAGAUCUACAAAGAUACUAUGCAGUAUAGUGGUACCUCGGGUUAAGUACUUAAUUCGUUCCGGAGGUCCGUUCUUAACCUGAAACUGUUCUUAACCUGAAGCACCACUUUAGCUAAUGGGGCCUCCUGCUGCUGCCGCGCUGCCAGAGCACAAUUUCUGUUUUCAUCCUGAAGCAAAGUUCUUAACCCAAGGUACUAUUUCUGGGUUAGUGGAGUCUGUAACCUGAAGCGUAUGUAACCUGAAGUGUAUGUAACCCGAGGUACCACUGUACAUAAAUGUGACUUACAAAACCAUUGCAUGUCUUAAUUUAGUAUAUCUCUACCACCAAACAGUUCAAUGGUCAGCGUUUGAGAACGAUACCACUGAAAAUGAGGCUACUUUACGAAUCACAUACUGAUUCGUAUCUCUGGGCAAAUAAAUGAAGCUUAAACUUUACAGGCCAAUCUGCCAUACUCACUGGUGUGGCCAGACUUUGCCAGCCUCCGCAUUGCGUUGCUCCUCUGCUUCUCAGUAAGUGGUAGCAACCUUGCUGCUGGGAAGCUAACACAGUGGGUCUGCCCCACUGGAUGUGAUGCUUCUGGUUCACAUCCUAAUUAGUGUGUUUAAAAUGGCAGCCAUAGAGUUAAAGGUAAAGGUAAAGGUACCCCUGCCCGUACGGGCCAGUCUUGACAGACUCUAGGGUUGUGCGCUCAUCUCACUCUAGAGGCCGGGAGCCAGCGCUGUCCGCAGACACUUCCGGGUCACGUGGCCAGCGUGACGAAGCUGCUCUGGCGAACCGGCACCAGAGCAGCACACGGAAACGCCAUUUACCUUCCUGCUAUAAAGUGGUACCUAUUCAUCUACUUGCACUUAAGGGUGCUUUCGAACUGCUAGGUGGGCAGGAGCUGGGACCGAACGACGGGAGCUCACCCCGCCGCGGGGAUUCGAACCGCCGACCAUGCGAUCGGCAAGUCCUAGGCGCUGAGGUUUUACCCACAGCGCCACCCGCGUCAUAGAGUUAAGCUUGUUUUUAAAUCCCUCUCACUGAACUCAUUUGAAUACUUUUCCAUAGAUUAUGACUAUUUUUAUUGCUAGCUAUUAAUGGGAGCCUUGGGGGGGGACUGAUGCACCACAUUGCUCAAUAAAUUUUAUUGUUCCAUAUGAUAUAGUUCAGUUGGAGUACUACUGAAAAGCGGGACCCUAAGAUGGAGAUGAGGAAAAGCCGAGGGCAAGAACCACUGACUAGCCUUAGAGUUACAACUGAUGCAUAUUUAAGGAUGCAUCCUAUAUGCUAAUAGCAAACUCAUUCCCUGAGUGUGGAUCUUGAUACAGGUGAUAUAGUACCAUUCCCAAUAACAUCACCUUUCUAUAAUGAACUAUAAUGAAUGAAGUAUCAUACAAGAUGGCAUAACUGGCUGUCACCAUAAGCAGCAAACAUUUUAGUGGCAGUCCCACUUGUUUGCUUAGUUUUGGCCUUGCUCUAAUCCAGACACAUAGCUCUGGGUACACCACUUGUGAAACAAACAAUUUUACCAUAUUUCAUCCACACUCACCGUUAUAGUCCGUUAAAGUGUCCUAAUUUUCCAGGGACAGCCCCAGAUUUACAGAAGCCAUCCCAGUUUCUGAUUUGAUCCUGGAAUGUCCCGUCUUUCCUUAGGAUGUCCCUAUUUUCAACAGAGAAAUGUUGGAACGUAUGGUAAGACCUCCCUGUUUUCAUUGGAGAAAUGUUGGAGGGUGUGGAGUUAUCCAACCCUCAAGCCAUCUGAAGGCAGCCCUAUAUAGGGAGGUUUUUUAAUGUUUAAUGUUUUAUUAUGUUUUUAUAUAUAUUGGAAGCCGCCCAGAGUGGCUGGGCCAACCCAGUCAAAUGAGCAGGGUAUAAACAGGAAAAUUGUUGUUGUUGAAUAGGAUUUCUCAUUUUCAUCAGAGAAACAGUGGAGGGUAUGCUGUUAAACAGCUCUACUGCACUCUUUGUUUAUGGAGGACGGAUACAAUCCUUCGCUAUUGAUGCAUGUUAUACUGAUAGGUAUAUAUUUAAAAAGCUUACUGGUAUCAAGAAACAAGAUAGCAAUCUGUUUUAAAAGUGCAAUGAAUUCCUAAUCUGCUGUUCACCUCAGACUGCUAAGGUAGAAUAUACCUCAGUAUCAUCAACAUUGCCGUUAAUAGGAAAUAUAUAAAUGAAGUUUGAAGCAGAAGAGAGAGAGCCACUAACCCCCUUCUCCUUUAUUCGUAGGCCAGACACUGUUUUAAGAAAGAGGAUUUAUUUAUUAGUGGUGCUUAUAGUUCCCUGAUGUUUUACUGUGCAAAGGCCAACUGAAUUUGCAGUAAAGCUUUAUAGGAAUUAUAUCAGCAGCAGCUGUAUACAAUGGGUUUGGAAUAUAUCAAGUGUCCUUGCCCGUCCUUGAUAUAUUCCAAACACUGUAUGUGAUUUUCCCUACAGAGUUGCAGCGACUUGCUGUUGUUAAUACCUCAUACAAAGGGCAGUGAAUAUUUCUGAAGAGCUUGGAAACAUGUGAACAUUAUUGUUAUUAGUAGUAGAAGAAGAAGAAGAAGCAGGAAUGACCCGAAGCGACGUACCAAAAUAGUAUAAACACUAAAACUGAGUGUAACAAACACAACUAAAUCUGCAUCGGCAUAUUUUCACAUUAAUCUGCAAUGGAAAGAAGUAUGCAUGAAAUUGAAAGACAUACUUCUGGAUGCAGUUUUUCUAUAAAAUGUGUAUAUGUAAAUUUAUUCCCACUCAAUAUGCAUGUUUCUUGAUUUUUUUAAUCUGAAUAAUAACUAUGUUUUCAUUUGCAACAUUCAUCUGGAAGGUGUGGAUCAAGUCAAGUUUGUACAGAAAUUCACAAAGACCUUAAGAACAUAAGAAUAGCCUGCUGGUUCAGGCCUAUCUAGUCCAACAUUCUGUUCUCACAGUGGCCAACCAGAUGCCUAUGGGAAACCAGGGAGCAGAACAUCAGCACAAGAGCCCUCUUCUCUCACAUGGUUUCCAGCAGCUGGUAUUCAGAAACAUUGCUGUCUCCAACUGCGGAGGUAGAACUCAGCCAUCAUGUCUGGUAGCAAUUGCUAGCCCUCUCCUCCAUGAAUUUGUCCAGUCCACCGACCAUUCAAGUUGGUGGCCAUCACUGCCUCCUGGGGGAACGAGCUCCAAUAUUUGGCUCUGCACUGCAUAAAGUACUUUCUUUCAUCUGUCCUAAUCUUCUAACAUUCAGCUUCUUCAAACUGUGUUCUUCAAGCACCUCUAGAUGCAUGGGGUUUUUUUUAGAAACCAAAGAGUUGUUUCAGUGUUUAGGGCAAGAGAUGUAAUGUACAGUUAAAAAUGGGUAGGCAGGAAAUGUAAAAUCGAGGUGGUUGCUCUAUGCACACUUGCCAAAGGGUUAAGGCCCACUGAAUUAAUUUCCAAUGGAAUUUACAUGCUUAGGACUGCAGUGCCCAUAGCCUGAUCAGCAGCUAGUACUAAUAUUAGUGUUUCUAGUGUUUAUAUUUGACAAUUCUUGGACUGCACCGUGACUUUUGGUUUCAUAAGCUUUUAGAGAGCAUGGCGUAGAGACCAGGCUGUUGCAUGAUAUGCACUUAGGCAUAAAAUAUAGACAUAUUGCUAGGAACUUGCAUAUAUUAAGAGACAUCAUGAGCUAUUAAAUAUAUUUGGCAGCUCUAUUCUGUAAUAGUAAUGAGGAGCGACUGCCUUCUGCUACUACCUAAACUGUUCCAGCCACUGACCCUUGUUAGUUAAAACAGAAAUGGAUAUGUAUCACUAUGCAAAAGACAAAUGGGGCUGCAAGCGUAUGCACACUUACAAGGGAGUAAGUACCAUGGAAGUCAGUUAGAUUUAUUUCAGAGUAAACAUAUUUAGGAUUCUUUUGUUCAUUUCAUAAUGAGCUGCAGCAAACCUUUUUGGGGAAAAUAAAUCAUACUUACAAUAGUAAUAGUAAUAAUAAUAAAAAAAUUCUUGGACAAUUCCCUAAAAAGCCCAUCUGUCUUCUGUGAGUUCUCUCUCAGCUCUCACUGCCAGAGCAGUCUUUUUGGUUUCACUUUGUUUACACCAUUGUCAAAAUCCAUCAGUGAUACUGUGGUUGCCCCCUGCAUCGCAAAUGCUGCAUUGAGUGCGGAUUGGGACCAAAUAACUCCCAAAUGCCCUUUGAACUCUACAGUUAUAUCAUGCCAUAAAAGUACCCCCUUUUUCUGUGAGUUUUCAGUGCCCACUCAAAAUUCCAUAAAUUUGUGUGUGUUUUUGUCUGCAGCAUUCUUUAAAAAAAGUCUUCUGGGUUUGGCCAUCAGGGCUUAAUUUUACCAUUUGGGCAAAGUGAAUUUCUCAUGUCCCUCAUCCAUGCCCAUAGCAGUCCUUAAAAAAAAUCUUCUGGACUAUGAUACUAUGUUUAAACACACCCCCACACACCCAUCCCCACUUUUUGUCUUUAUUUUUCUUUCAGAAUGACAUGAGUGCCCUAGCAACAUCAGGUCUCUUCUUCAAGGAUGGCAAAAAACGUAUUGAUUACAUUUUGGUCUAUAAAAAGUCCAGUCCACAAAUAGAGAAACGGAGCACUUUUGAAAAGAACCUUCGGGCAGAAGGACUGAUGUUAGAAAGAGAGGUAUGUUACAUUUUCCACCUUUCUGCAGAGACUUAUUCUGAAUAGAAGAACCACAUCUUUAGCGCCAUCUGAGGCUGUGUUCGCACGGCAGUUUGUUCUGUUUUCAGUUCCACAUUAAGAUCCGCAUUAUAUUUGAGCCUCCACAUGAUAUCAAAACCACUUUUGUGGAACAGUAGAUUGCUAAGAACCCAUAGAAGCAUGCAGAGACAUUCAGUGGGGGGCAGGAGGACAUAAGCACUGCAAAAAGAAUUUCUGGAAGGGGUCAGGCUCAUAUGUUACAUCUGCCCACAUUAAGAGAGGGCUGGCCAUACUCCAUCCACAGGUGAGCCUUGUUCUCAAGACACUAAUGGCCUCAUCCUUGAAGAUGGCUCAGAUAAGACAGCUGGCCUCUUACUUUCAGACAGCUGUGUUUAAUCCCAGCUGCAGUGCAUGGCAAGCUGAAAUUUCCAUAACCACAGGGUUCAAACUUAAAGGCCAAGUUUGACACAAAAGUCAGUGCCCACCUGGAUUUGGAACAUUAAUCAAUUCUAUUUGGUUACUUUUUCAGCCAGCUGUUACAAACCAUGAUAUUAUGUUUGUUAAAAUUCAUUGUCCUUGGGAUACAUUGUGCAAAUACGCUGAAAGAAUGAACAUCAGGAUGCCUUUCCGGUAAUAUGAAAUAUUUCAUUUUUAAAAAAUUUACUUAACCAGUUUUUUUAAUGAAUGUAUUAAUGAAAUAUGCUUUACUAGAUUUUUUUUAAAAAAAUUACAGUCGUGCUUCCAUAAGUUUUCUUGAAUAUAUGGUUGUUUUCUAGAAAUAUGCGAUACAACCGCAUGCAAAGUUACAGUGAUCACAGUUAUUUUAUUAACUCAGAGAAGGUGUGGCAAGGGUUAGAGGGUUGGACUAAACCCGGUAGACCGGGGUUCUAAUCUGCACUGUAUGAAGCUCACUGAGUGACAUUGAGCCUGUCACUGUCUCUUAGCCUAUCUCAUAAGAUUGUUCUGAGGAUGAAAUAGGGGGAGGGAGAAACCAUCUUGAGCUCCUUGGACCUUGGAGGAAAGAUGGAACAUAAAUGAAAUAUUAAUUAAUAUUUGCAAGGACAUCAAUAGUUUUAGGAAUAGAGUCUUUCUACUGUUAGAUCUCUAGAGGUGGAUUCAGAUCAUUAUUUGUUCUGAUAACUGACCUAAUGAAACUUUGUGUGUGGCUGGGAUAGGUGACCAGUUUUUGAAUACUCCAAGUUUUCAGACACAUGGAAAGAUCUUAGCCCACCAAUUUUUUAAAACUGGGCGAAGUCUAGAUUGUGUUGCAAGAUAGAGCUAGUCUAGUUUUUUGUCAUGGCUAAUUUAAUUCCCAUGAGUUUCAGUAGGAAUUAAAACUAAACAAGGUGUACAGACAUUCUUCCCCAGGCUUACACUGUGUGUUUGUGUGUGUGCAACACUGGCCACACACAUCUCAAAACUCAAAUUCACAUCUCUUCAGAGGCUGUGAAUUUGGCGCCAAUGAGAAAGGGUCCUAAGUACUUAUUUAUCUACUCUGUUGUUUGGUCAAAAAGGCUUUCCUGCACUCGGGCUUAGAACCUCCAAAAAACACAACACAAAAGGAAACAAAGAGGAAGGGUAAAACCAAGUUCAGGCACCAGUUCUUAAAGUUACUCCAGUGUACAGCUGUUCACACAUAUGCCUCUUCUUCAUAGUUAAGGACCCCAAUGAGGUUGUGAAUCUGCAACAUGUUAGAGCUUCAACAAACUGGUCAGCACCAAAAGAGUCACCACUUUCUGCCUCUUUGUCUACCCUUCCAUGUCCACAGAAAAUAGGCCCUACCUAUUAUGGCAACAAAUCAAACACUAAGGAAUACAUUAUCUGCAUUCUAGGAGGGAGCUAGGAUUGGCAGAGGACUCCCUCCUCCAUGAUGGAAACCCCCAUUACACCUAUUGAAGGCAUAGGCUGUGUGAGGGCUACUAGAAAUGCUGUUCCUAUUAUCCAGAUGUGACAAUCAGCAGAGGAAAUAGAAGCCAAACUGACUGUUUUCCACAUUCCUCUGUCACUUGCAAUGAUUAUAGAUUCACAUAAAGCCUGCACAACUUGAAUCCAAGUUUCCGCCUUGGAUCUGAUGACUUUGCACUACCAGACGAAUGAGGAAGAUGACCCAUUUUCAUUCGGCCCUCUAGGAUCAUCACAUGCAAAACUCUCUUUAGCUACAAGCUUCUGAAAGUUAAAUAACCCAAACUGCUUCCCCUCACCCUGCUCCCAUUUAAUCCAGUUUAAUCCCUAGGGAGCAAAGCAGGAUAGUUAUAGCUGCUGACUCAAGCAGAUUGGCUGCAGUCCAGAGCCCAUUUACUCCUGAGCAGUAGUAUUAAACUCAGUGUGAUUCUUCCAGAACUGAAUGGGUUAUGGAUUAGACCAAUUGUCAGAAAAUGAGCCAUCAGUUCAAAAAAGACAGCAAAUCAUUUUCAGCAAGUGACUACAAUGGUCGUCAGCAAUCCUGUAAACAAUUUGGUAUUUUUAUCAUAUUUACUUCAGCAAUGGGAGAAUGGGAACAAAAGUAAAACAAGGAAACUCACAAUGAAAGUGUUUGAAUGCAGGGCUUGCUCUUAGAAGUCUUUCCUGCUUUGAUCUAUGAGGAACUUUUUGUACAAUGUGAGCUGUUUCAUGCAUAUGGAAGAGCACAAAAAGUAACACUUUGGUAACUAAUCCAGCAGCUUUUAUGCUUUAAAAGCUGUCCGCGCUUAAGAGCCUGUGCAACUCACUGUGUGACCUUGGAUUAGUCUUUCUCCCAGGGUGUUUUGAAACUGUGCACCUCCUGGGAGGAUGCAUCCAUGUCAGCUCCUGUACACAGUCAAGAAUCCCAAUCCACUUUCAAAUGUCAGCCUGAAUGCACGGUCAUUGGAGGUGCUGCAGGAUGUCAGGAACAAGGCUAUCAGGCAUGGUCUAUCGUCCCUUUCACAUCUUAGAUGUCUGCACGGAGGGGGUGAUCUGAACACCCCUUAGGACAGCAGUCAAAAUGAAGACCGUGCUAUGGUGUUAUCUGAGAAUUUCCCAUCACGUAGCUAUUUUUCUUCUUACAAAGGACUCAUAUGGAAAACUAGACAUUUACAAUACAAUGACUUGUUGCCUUUGCGUCAAAGAGACUAUUGGCUCAUGUUUUGAACUAUAGGGAGAUUUGUUUGUUUGUUUAUGCUAAUGGAUUUCCAACCUGUCCAUCAUAAGAUUCCAAGGCACAUUACAAUAUAAAAAUGCUGCAUUUAAAUCAGUUUAGAACAAUGACUUCCUGCUACUUCUGAUUCUUGCUACAAUUGUCUGCUUCUGCUUCUUCUUCCUUCCUCCUUUUCCCCUCCUAUUUUCUUCCAACCUUCUGCUAUUCCCACCUUUGUGCAUCAAAAGCCUUUGGUGACUAUAUCUGUGCAACGAUGAUUCAGACCAGCAUUAUCCUAUUCAUGUGAAGGGGCUGAAGAUAUGCUGCUGCCCCCACACCUGAUUUCCUGGCCCAACUCCUUAACCAAUCCAUGCCUUGAGCAGCUGAAGAAUGAGGGCCUAUGCAGAUGGACUUCUAUGCGAUCUGAAUUCUCUGUACACUCAGAAUUCAAAACCAUACAGCAGCUCACACAUAUAGAAUGCUACACACGAAGGCCUCCCCACAUCAGACAGAUGUGUGGACAUUGCCAGUGGGAGAAGAUAACAGUGUGACACUGUGGUGGUGCCUGCAAAAUGGCUUCUUCUGCUCCUUCUUCACAUCAGUAUAGGGUCUGAGAAGGAAAAUACUGUGUGUGACACAACGGCAUAGCUAGCCACUCGGGUGCCCGGGGUAGCACACGCGCUCUGCACCUGGGAGCAGAGUGAGCCCCCAUGGGGGCAGGGCAAACCAGGUCAGGGUGUACUGUGCAAAGCCUCUCUGUCACCUCCCCCUCAGCUGUAGGUCGGCUGAGGGGGAGAUGGUGGGAAGAUGCAAGCCCCGUGCUGCUCUUUCAGGCAGCGUGGAGCCUACAGCCGCCCAAGCCACCACAUCACUCCCAGGAUUGAUGUGUGGCUCAGGCACGCUACAGGCCCCAUGGUAAGUGCCGGCCCCUGCGGUGUGGCGCCCAGUGCCAGCCGCGUUUUGUUGUUUGUUGACUGAACUAAAAAGUUUCGUGAGGGGGCCCCCAUUUUUUAUUUUAAAAAACUCAUAUUUUUGCCAUUUUGUCACCCCCCCCUCAGUGAUGACACCCAGGGCAGACUGCAUCCACCAUGCACCCCUUUCUGUGCCACUGGUGUGACAGAUAACAUGCCCAUUACGCCAACAGGGAUAGGGAAGAAGUUCAUUCAGGACCAGAGCUGAGAAGCAACAGGUUUCCAAGUCAGCUUGAGAUUGUUCAGACAGCUGCAGGCCACCUGAAUUGCUAGUUGCCCUUGCCCAUCUCCUUAUCUCUAAUUUGAUAGCCUGGUCCAAUGGACCAAGCCAGCAAAUGGCACAGAUGCAAGGCCUUUUGCAAGCUAAACUGGAGAACUCUCUGUAGGAAAGAUGGGAACUGGGAUAUAGAUUAAAUUAAACUGAGCAGAUGUUAUUUGUCAAGAAGAGAUGGUCUGCCUUGCUUCACUUGCCAUUAAAGCUGCUUAUUUCUGGGGAAGAGUGUUGCACGAUUGAGUUGCUGUUCUUGGCUGAUAAAUGGCUCAUAGGAUGACAAAAAGAAAGAUAGGAAGAGGUAGUACUGUCUCUUCCUUCCCAAUGUACAAAACCCCCUUUUCAGCUCUGCUGUGCAGAGAUGGGUCUCACAGACUAGGGCAUCAGUCUUCAGCACUGGCAGCUGGUCUGACCACAGAGUUUAAGUUAGAUGAGAGCCCAGACAUGGUAAAAUGGUAAAAUGGAUAAAUUGUCCUUUCUUCAGUUCUGAGCUCCAUAUACUCUUAUAUGAUUCACCGUCCCUUCUAUGUUUAGAUUUUUUUUUAAAAAAAACCCACAUAAGGUAGCAAGCAAUGAAAUCCAAAUAGAAAAUAACUGAUUGACAUAAUAAAGAAUCAAUACCACAGCAAAACUGUAUAAAAUCGCAUAAAAUAAAAAGUUUUAAAAGCGCCCAGUUAAAACAUAAUUAAAUUAAAAAUACACAUUAGGCUAUCCAACUUGGUUGUACUCAGAGUAGACCAACUUCAAUUAAUUGACUGAAGUUAGUCAUUAAUUUCAAUCAGUUUAUUCUAUGAAAAGCAUAUUGGAUGAAAUCCAUCUGUCAUUUUUGUAAGUGCUUAUUUUCAAGUGUGAUUUGGUCUAAAUAAAAUCUAUGAUUUGAAUUCUGCUAGACUUUGUCCAUCCUUCCAGCUAAGUAGCAGCAUCAGCGGGGGAUAUAUAUAUAUAUAUAUAUAUAUAUAUAUAUAUAUAUAUAUAGCUAUUAAUUAGUAUAAGGCAGAAUUCCAAUAUUACAAAGAAACUAUGAAGUUUGUGUUUACAGUGUGCCUCAUGAAUAGCUUUCUCUCCCCCCCCUAUAUAUAUAUCCUCAGUGAAAAUUGCAGAGAUAAUUGCAUGACUUUCAAAAAAAAAAAAAAAAACCUCAGGCAUUACUGUAGUCAUUUAAGGGUAGCAAAAAAAUAUUGAAAUAGAAAAGCAAUCAUUUCCAGUUCCUUCAUACAGCCAUCUGCUGUCCACAGUUGUGUGCAAAAUAUCAGCUGAUAUAAUGACAAUAACAUUAAGAAAUCAGUGUGCAAAUGAAUGGGGAAAGAUCUAUAGUCUCUGGGAUUUCUGAAGCUGUAACUUCUUAGUGCAUGUUAAAUCUUUAAACUAUACUAUCGAUAUGUACUAUAAUUUUAGCCAAGGUUUUCCAAGUUAAUGGUUUUAAAGAUAUUUGAUUGCCUUUGGAUCUGUGAUUUGUUGCACCUUUAUUUUGUAAAUCUGCUUGUGACAAAACACUAUGGUCUAUUUCCUAAGUCUUCUUCCUUCUCCUUUGUAUGCAACUGUUCUCAGAUUAUUUCUGCUAUUCUUACAGGAAAAAAUGUUAUUACACUGACUGGAGGAGCAAAACCAUGGGCAGGUUGGUGGGUGAUAUGUAGCUUUUCAUUUUGCCAGAUAGUCACCCUGCUUAAAACCAAUCCAUCCUAGCAGUUGUAAAUUUAUUACAGAGGACCUUAAACAAGUUAAUGGAAGCAGUAGACCUUGGCUGAUUGUUUGUGUAUACGGUGGUGUUGCUUUAAAAAAGAAAGAAAGAAAGAAAGAAAAUGCAGGGUGUCAUUACUCUUACAAAAAGAUGGUGGCAUCCAAGACUCUGAAAGAGCUUUUGGGAACCCUCUAUUUUUGACACUAUCAUGGAGUCAGAUCCUGAGAAUGGUGCAGAAUCUUGCAGAUUACUUUCCUGUACACACACACACCUGAAGCCCUCUAUGCUCACAGAAAAGCCUCCCCAGGGAUCCCCAAAAUUGGGAGGAAACACUGGGAAACAGAGCAGCACUCAUGCAAUAUGUCUCCAUCCAAUUUUGGCCAGUUCAUCCCUUCCCCAGCAGCCCCCUCCCCUUCCCACACCAUUCAAGAGGGAGCCUCAACUCUCCAAAAAGCUCAACAGGGGAAGGAGAGGAUGCUAAAGACUUCUUCAACCAGCUUCCUUCUGCCCACGGCUCUCAGGAUCCAACCCACCAUCUUUCUUAGUCCUGCUGCCUAAGAACCUUUUUCUGUACAAAAAGCAUGGAGUUUAGUGCUGUGCUGAAAAGUUCUCUUUGUUUGUGUGCUCUCUAUUUUCCAUCGAUUAAUGAGAAAAGAUAUUGCAUUCAAAAAUGAUCAAAGGCACAGGAAACGUUAGGUGAAAUUCUUGUGUAUGGUUGCAGGUUAUAUAAUUCUCAUGAAUGGUUACAUAAUUUUGAGGUGAGUAGCCUUCCUUUCGUUCUGGAAAUCAUCUUACUGGUGGUUUGCACUCUGCAGCCUUCCUGGAUGUCUGUUUCUUAGUUAGCCCAAGACAUCUUUAGAUAAAUCAUCCUCCAGAUUUAAAUAUUCAAUAGCAACACCCUGAAAUAUUUUAUUGUGUAAAUUUACAACUGCUUAUCUCCUCUCCCCAGUCAUGCACGUGCUUGCUUUGCAUCAAAUACAUUACAAAUACAUACAUAGAUAUAUAAAAAUAUAGUUCGCUUUGUAUGGUAUGUGAAUUGUAAUAGGGUUUCCCCCAUCCAUCCCAAACAUCCAGACGUGGAGAUAUAUUCCUGUUGUAUUAACAACUAUUACUUACCUUGAUUAUGGUUUAGUUUUUUCCAAUGGAGCUGUGUGGUGGCAAAUUUACAGAUAAUGAAAUCACAAUGCCUAAGUGUGCUGGUGGCUUCUUUUUAUUAACAUUGCUCUAUAAAGCUCUUGAUUCUCAGUGUGAGGCAGAACUCCCAAAGGAUAAUCACAGUCAGAUGAAAUUCUCCUUGACCUUUCUCAGUUCCAGAGCCACAGCCACAUGGGGCCUGGCCCCCUUUGAAAUAUUCAAGCUACCCUUUCUGAAUUUUAAGCUUUCACAUUCAUUUUUUUUAAAAAAAAUCUGUGGAGAAAAGGAUUGAGGCAAUAUUACACUCAAUCAAGGAAAAGUAAGAGGUAAACACCGGGUGAAAUUAAUAGGGCUGAUCAAUUAAAGAAGAUUGGUUAAUCAUACGGGUUUUAGUCUAUUAAUCUAUUUGUCAUAUUUGUAUAAAUACUUCUGAAGCAUACUUUAGAGCAUAAGAAAAGCCCUGCUAAAUCAGACUAAAGGCCUACAUAGUCCAGUAUUUUGCAGUCACCGUGGCCAACCAGAUGUCUAUGGAAAACCCACAAGCAGAACAUUAGCACAACAGCACUCUCCUGCUCAUAAUCCCCAGAAACUACUAUUCAGGGGCACAAGAUCUCUGAUCUUGGAGGAAUCAUAUAGUAAUCAUACUUAAGUAGCCAAUGAUAGUCCUACCCACCAUGAAGUUAAGUCCUUACCGCAUCUUGUGGUGUCAAAUUUAUCUUGACAAAAAUGGCUGGUGGUUGUGUGGAUAGCCUGGCCCUGAGGUGAACCUGUACACACCAUUGUGAAGUGAUAAUCCAAAUUGGCUUAACCAUAAAGAAGCCAACCAAAUUUGAAACCAACCUUCCACCACUUUCUCACCAGAGAAUCCAGGUAUCCUGGUUUCAUCUUACGGCCAGUUCAUGUGACUUAACUGUUGUGGCAACAUUCAUGAACUGUUUACCAAGUGAAAAGAUGUCCACCAGCUUUUGGGGAUGAUGGAAGCCUACUGCUCACUACAGCCGAUCUGGAGUUCCACACAACCAUCUUAUUACUUUGGCCAUAAACUAGUGAAAUCAGUCUGCAUGGGCAAUUGGGCUUUCCUUGUGAUAUCUUGGGAGGCAGUAAAGAGUUGCCUAUGCUUGUGGUUCUUUCCUUUUAUAUCUAACAGGGCCAACCCUCUGCCCUCACAGGGCUGUUUCUUAUUUUCUUACUAUAUCUCUAGUCAAUGAGUUUAGGAAGGUCUUCCCUUCAAGUUGUGAAUAUUGGUAUUCUCAUCUGAUAUUUGUAUAUGUAACACACAUCCUACUUGCAAAAAUUGCACCCUGACUUUAAAAUGCAAAUGUGAGAAGUGACUUAAAAGUGACUAACUGGACAUUUUAAAAAAGGUAAAGGACCCCUGAAACCAGAGCAGUGCACGGAAACACCGUUGACCUUCCCGCUGGAGCGGUACCUAUUUAUCUAUUUGUACUUUGAUGUGCUUUCGAACUGCUAGCUUGGCAGGAGCUGGGACCGAGCAACGGGAGCUCACCCCAUCAUAGGGAUUCGAACUGCCAACCUUCUGAUUGGCAAGCCCAAGAGGCUCAGUGGUUUAGACCACAGCGCCACCUGCAUCCCUAAUUUGACAUUAGUAGCUUCUUAUACUGAAUGUUAUGCACCAGGAACAUAUUCCACUCACUUACAUUAUGCAACCAUUUUCCAUCAUGUGUCCUUUUGUGCUCAUUUGCAUGUCAUUAUUAAAAUGUUAACUUCAUUUUAAAAAAGAAAUAUAUAUAUAUAUGCAGUUUUUGUUGCCCUGGGCUGCUUUGGGAGGAAGAGUGAGCCAUGAAUGUAAAAAUAAAUAAAUGAAUAAAAACUUGUACUUUCACUGCAUAUUUGACUAAAAUAGCUGUACUUUACAAGAUUCAACCAUGGUGGUUGGCAAAGGCAGGAAUACUGAUACAUUAAAUAGUCAGGUGUGAAAGCUGGGAAGAGGAAUUUGAUGAGAAUUUUAAAUUUUAAUUUAAUUUUAAAUGUUAACUUUGUUAUUGCUCUGUUUAUAAAAAAAAAACCCCACCCUAAUCAUCUUGUUUAUAAGUUAAUUUAAUGUGUGUUGUUUCAUUUAUGCUGCUGUCUAUUCAAGAUACCUGAGAAUACAGGCCUUGAUCAAGAGAAGCAUGUAUGUAACUUUGUGAACCUAGCAGGGCUUUUAAUAUUUUUUGCCCUGUAUUCUAUGGCAUUGCAAACUCAUUCACCCCUAAAUUUGCUCCAAAAGGGCAUGGGGCUUGGUGCAAGCAAGCAUGUACAAAUCCUUCGAGGGCAUUCAAGAAGUGUCAUUUCCUACUUCCACUGCCUGAAGGCAAAGAAAUAUAUCUUUGGGAAGACAGAGGGACAGCGUGCCCCUUUCCCACUGGGAACACCCAUCCUCCCCAGUGUUAAAACUAAUGCUGUGGGUGGCUCUGCCUUUAAGAUGGAAGGCACAGCCAGGGCUGGCCCUAACAUUGGAGAAAGUGAGGCAACCCUCAUGAUUCCUCCCCACAGGAUUUCAUUCUGUUGCCCCAUUGCCUGUGGAGAGAUAAGGCCCCCUAUUUUGGGUAAAGAUUUAACAAUAUUAAUUAUUAGUCUACAAAAGGGAGACCAUAGUACAUACAACAGAAUCAUUAAACCAUGUGAUAUAAUAAAUAAAUCUGCCAAUACUUUUUUCUCAUCAACUCUCUGUAAUUUCUUAUUCUUUUAAAAAAUGGCACUCCUAUUAAAAAUAACUGAAUAGAACUAACAGUAAAAUUCUGUUUGUCUACUCAGAGGUAAGCCCUGCAGAGCUCAAUGGGGCUAACCCAGUCUAGUUGGGAGCAAGUUCAGUUCAAUUCAAUACGACAUACAUGGUUACUUUAGUUAUAAAUGUUUGUAGAAUUGCAGCCUCAGUGGCAAAGGCUCAAGACAAUUAAUUAAGUAUGUCCUAGAGAACAUCUAUGUCCCAUUUUCUGCAUAAGGUUUCUGAGUUUUUCAUGAAACAGAACAUUGCAUUUCUUUCUAAACAAAUAAUGAAAUUUUGUAGCCUAUAAAAGUUAACCAGUUUUCAGCAGUGCAAAUAAAAAAGAGUUAAUUUUGUUAAAUCGUUAAUGCAGUAUGUUGUUAUGGUUACCAUUUACACAUUUCAAUUAUCUUGGUCCUAUUUAUUUUCAAUACAUGCAGUAUUGCAUGUUUUGGUCUCUUAUGUUUUGUUUUCUUUAUAUAUAAAUGAUGGUUAUGACCUUCUGGUUAAACUGAAUUCAUUCAUUCAUUCAUACCUGAAUCAUUCUAUGAAAUAAAGUCCACAAGUAAACAUACAGUCAAUGAGCAAUAAUGUAUGAAAUGCAAUGCGGAGAGCAAUAAUAUCUACGGGUGCAAUGUAGCCUUAUAUGGGUUUGGAAAAGAUUUUAAUGAUAUGUAGAUUGCAUCUUAUACCGAUGCAAAUAAGAUCACUUUCAGGACCCGAUAUUGAAUUUUAGUGAAAGAUUGCAUUCCUUUUGUAUUUAAAUGGAAAUUUUUCCUGGUUCAGUGCUUCUGGGGUGUACUCCUCAUUAUUUGAAAUUGUUUCUUUCAUUACCCCCAGUGAAUUUAUUAAGAGUGAUGGCCCAUUACAGCAAAGAAGUGUUACCUGUUUAUUUGUUGCACUGAUGUGCCAGUUGUACCUUAUAAAGAUGAAUAAGCCAUUCUGUUAAAAAGCACUGUCUAGAGUUCAAGCAAACAGCAGACUCAGACACUGCAGCACUGAAUACCAACAGAGUGAGGGCAAGAUAUAUGCAGAAGCAGGUAUCUGUGCGUACGUCCCCUGACAGAGUUGGAUCCUCCCCUCUCCCCACCCUUUACAAUGUGCACGUUGUUCCCACUGCUGGGUGACUGCAACCAGUGCUUUGAUCUUGGAUGUGUUUUCCCCGACACUAGAUCAGAAAUGCAGUUCGUGUAAGCAAGUGCCAAGUGUUGCACGUCAGGGCAAAGUAAAUAAAUAAAUUUUAAUUUCACAUACAUGGUCAUGGGGUCUGAACUUGCAGCGACUGACUAAGAACGCGAUAGCUUGAUGAAGAUCAUCAUUAUCAUUUUUAAUUCGUAUACCGUCUUUCUAUCUUACAAUACUCAAGAAGAAGAAGAAGAAGAAGAAGAGGAGUUUGGAUUUGAUAUCCCGCCUUUCACUCCCCUUCAGGAGUCUCAAAGCGGCUAACAUUCUCCUUUCCCUUCCUCCCCCACAACAAACACUCUGUGGGGUGAGUGGGGCUGAGAGACUUCAAAGAAGUGUGACUGGCCCAAGGUCACCCAGCAGCUGCAUGUGGAGGAGCGGAGACGCAAACCCGGUUCCCCAAAUUACGAGACUACCGCUCUUAACCACUACACCAGACUGGCUCACACAAGGCGGUUUACAAGCUGAAGAAACAAAAAAUGUACAUCUUAUAACAAUCUAAUGCAAUAGUAAAUGUGAUAAUAAAACAAAACUUUAAAAUAAGCAACCUACAUCAAAAAAGUAGCAUUCAACAAGAUGUCAACCGAGUGUGCAGCAGCUGAGAAAAGGCGAAUUCUAUGCUGGGGAUCAUUAGAAAGGAAUGGGAAAUAAAACUGCCAAAUUGUGUGACUGCAUUUGGAAUACCAUGUACCAUUCUGGCCUUUGCCUUACCUCAAAAGGCAUACAGUAAGCCUGCAACUUACAUGGGAGUUGCGUUCUGGAGAUGACACCUAAAGCCAAAUUUGCAUGUAGUCCAAACAUAUUGGGUUCAAUGGCCAGUGGGAUUGCCCAAAUCUUUCUUCCUGAAUGCCCCCCCUCUUUGUUUUAUUUUAUUUUUUAUUUGCCAAGUGCGUAAAGCUGAAUGUGCAGGAGUUAAAUAUGUGUAAGUUGUGGGCUGGCUGUACUGUAGAGUUGAAAAAAGGUUCAGAAAAUGCUACCCAAAUGACUGAGGGACUGAAGAGACUCUGAGGAAAGGUUGCAGCAUUUUGAGAGAUUUUAGUUCCGAGAAAAGGUGAGUAAGAGAGGAAAUUAUGCAUGACAUGGAGGUAGUGGGUAGAGAAAAGUUUUUCUGCCUCUCUCUCAUAACUUGUGGGCGUCCAAUAAAACUGAAUGUUGAAAGAGUCAGGACAGAUGAAAGGACUUUUUCGCGCAGCACAUAAUUAAUCUAUGGAAAUCACUCCCACAGAAGGCAGUGAGGGCCACUAACUUGGAUGGCUUUAAAAGAGGAUUAGACAGAUUCAAGGAGGAUAAGAUUAUUACUGGCUACUCACCACAAUAGCUAUGCUCUGCCUCCACAGUCAGAGAUGGCAACGCUUCUGAAUACUAGUUGCUGGAAACCACAGGAGAGGAGAGGGCUCAAGCUCAGAUCAUCUUGGCAGGUUUCCCAUCGGUUCCUGAUUGCCCACCAUUGGAAGAAGAUGCUGGACUAGAUGGGCCACUGUUCUAGAUGCUCUUAUCUCUCAACUCCCACAGUGCAUCUCCACAUCAGAAGCAGCAGCAGCAGCUGAACAAGAGAGCAUCUGAUGGAGCUCUGUGGUGACAAGGGCAGACCAAACCUGUGGUUCCUCUUCAUAACACUUCAAGAGGCCUGUAAUUUGGCCCUCAAUAGAAGAGCAAUAUUUGGAGAGAGAUUGUUUUAUGCAUUGCAUUUGUAUAUUUUAUUGAUUUUUGUAAACCACCCAGGAGAGACUUUGGUCAACGGGGGUGGCCUAGAAAUAAUUCAAAUAAAUACCGCAAGAAGAGCCCGGAUAGAUCUAGUCUAAUGUCCUGUCUUGUGGAGAGACAUCUCACUAACAAACCAAAUAGAGUCAAAGAAUGUAAAAUGCAGAUGACUCUGUUUUUAUUUUGCUACAAUGUUUUGUCACAGGCCCUACAUAUUAAUUCUAUUGCAGCUUACGAAUACAGGUUGGAUGUUUAGUGAACAUGUAUAAUGGAAACACAGCUAUUAUACUUGUGAGGCCUCAUUGUAUAUUUCACCUCAGACUAAAUGGCAACCCAUGAGUUAUGUGAGGGAAGCUCUGAACCUCCAGAUAUUUCUGGACUACAAUUCCCAAACUCUCUGACCAUUGAAUUUGCUGACUGGCACAGAAGGGAGUUGUGAGUGAAAAAACAUCAAGGGCUAGCAGAGAUUCCUUUUCUCUUCUCUAAAUCCAUUCAUGUGGGCCAUUCCAUUCCAUUUUUCCCAACCAGAGCAAGGGGCAGGAACACACAUCACUGGUAGAGCAUCUGCCUUGCAAGCACAUGCGUUUCAUGUUGAAUCCCCAGCAUAUCCAGGUAGGUUUGGGAGAGACUCCUGCCUGAAACCCCGGACAGCCACUGCCAGUCAGUGUAGACAAUAGUGAGUUAGAGGGACUCAAUGGUCUGACUUGCUACAAGGCAGCUUCCCAUGUUCCUAGUGUUGGCAGUGCCACUUAUAAUACUUUUUUUAAUCCCCUGGUUAUGCAGCUAUUUUUCUUCAUUUUAGAAGAGGAGGACAUUAUAAAGAACCUGGCUUCAAUUUCUUUGUUUUCUGUUCUAGUACAACCCUCCCAUUGCUGGGUAGCAUGUAGCAAAAUCUCUAGGCAAAAUGCAUGCAAAAGAAUGAAGUAAUUUUUUCGCCUAAUGUUCCAGUUUGCAGAGAAAUAUGAGAGAACUGAAGAGCUGGUUGCCCAGAAAUCCAAUGAAACUUGACAAAGAAGCACUUCCUGACCUGGAAGAAACAGAUUGCUAUACGGCGCCCUUCAGUCGCGCACGCAUACAUCAGUAAGUGGGAGACCCAUAUGUAUAUAUUCAUAAGGCACCCUGAUUAAUAUUUCACUUUUCCUCAGCAGGUGACAUAACAUCAAUCAUCAUUAACAGAUGGCUGAUGACAAAACUGAAUGGUAUUUAUAUUCUAAAAAUUCUGUCAUCUAUAUUCAGUGAUAUCUUCUAGGGAUAAGCCUUUAGCAAUGUAGGGUCAGGCACCAGUACCAUCCCCUGGGCUGGCUUUCUUUUCUCCAGGGUAAUUUUGCAGUAUUCUCAGAGCAAUAAUACUAAAUUCAAAAUGUAUGAGCUACUCUGAAAUCCUAAGAGCCAGCAUCACAAGUGCUACAUUUUUGUUUCAUAAAGCAGAAUCACAAUUGAAUGUUCCUGAUUAAAACCAUAAAUCUGAUAUUCAUGAAUUUUGUGACCCAAGAGGGAAAUCUCACUGGUGCAGGGCCAUCCAAUUGGACAUUAGCAGGUCAGCAAAAUACCCUAUAGUGUUUUGUGUACAUAAAGUUUUGGAAGCUUAUUUGAAAAGGCCAUUGUCUCAGAACCAGCUUGAAGAUUGCUUGAAUUGCACUACUUGCAGAAAUUAAAAUGUUUCAGGUUUUAGUUGCUCACAUUUUAAAUGGGGCAAUGAGAUCCUUGAACAUUUGAAGUCACCUGACACUCAUGGAUUUGCUUUUCAGUAUUCAUUUAACUAGACCAAACUACAAGUUGAACAAUUCAAUUGAUAUAAAUAAGAUCUUAAUAAGGUAAAGGUUAAGGUACCCCUGCCCGUACGGGCUAGUCUUGACAGACUCUAGGGUUGUGCGCCCAUCUCACUCAAGAGGCCGGGGGCCAGCGCUGUCCGGAGACACUUCCGGGUCACGUGGCCAGUGUGACAAAGCCACAUCUGGCGAGCCAGCGCAGCACACAGAAACGCCGUUUACCUUCCCGCCAGUAAGCGGUCCCUAUUUAUCUACUUGCACCCGGGGGUGCUUUCGAACUGCUAGGUUGGCAGGCGCUGGGACCGAGCAACGGGAGCGCACCCCGCUGCGGGGAUUCGAACCGCCGACCUUUCGAUCAGCAAGCCCUAGGCGCUGAGGCUUUUACCCACAGCGCCACCUGCGUCCCUACUAAGAUCUUAAUACAUGACCUUUUUAAGAAACAUGUUAAUUGUGUGUAUUCAGAAGUACCGGUAAGUCCCACUGAAUUCAGUGGGUCUUAAUACCAGGUAAGUGGGUAUAAGAUUGCAGCCUAAGCUUAGGUUCUGAACCACAUUGGAGUUAAUUAUUUGAAAAUCAUUGGAUGGAAAAGGCAUCCAAACCAUUCUAGGGAGGCAAAUGUUUCUGGCACAAGAAGUGCGUGCUGCAACAGCAGAAGGGAAACCUAGCUGGGGCGUGAUAUUGGGAAGGGCUACUGCUGUGGAAACAGGACAGCAGGUGAACCCAAAAGGCAAAGGAAGUUUACUGACAGACAUUUGAAUGGCAGAAAAUCAAAGGCUCAGGUGCCCGUGCUUGUAUUUAAUGUGUGGAGCUAUUUCAUUCGUUGUGAGAUAUAUUGUAUGGUGAUAUUUUGACAAGUUGCUUUGAAAAUUAAUCGACAUCAACUAUCUCUUCAACAGUUUUACAAUAAACAACAAAGACAGUUUCUUCAGCAACUCCACGAGAAGUAGAAUAGUACACCAUAUGCUGCAGAGAACGAAGUAUGAAGAUGGGAAAUCAAAAAUGGGUAUAAUUCCACUUGGGUAUUAAGACUGCUUGUUGUUAGCAACAUAUGCUCUGCCAGCCAAAAUUAUUGAGUGAAUAUUUAUACUAAAAUAUAGAUAACAUCCAAUUGGAGAAGACGUCGUGAAAUUUUCACCUGGGGACCCUCCAGAUGACCAUUUUCUUAAGCAUUCAUUCAAUUUUGCUUGCACAAUGCUUACGCAGAUGUUAGAUUAUAUCCAGCCUUUAUUGCACAUUUCUUCUGAUUUGUUUGUUACAGGACAAUAAGCAUUCAUUCUCAUUUGCUUGCAGGUUGUUUACAUUCGUUUCCGUUAAUUAGUCUGUCAGUCAUCCCGUAUUUUUCAAUACAUUUCCCCAUCACUAUCCAAACCAUGAAAAGACUAAGGACUGGUAAAAAAAAAGUGAUUUAUAUGCAUUGUAUGUGCCAUAUAACAUUAUGCCACCAGAUGGCAAUGUGGAGUCCCAUUUUUCUCUACCUGCUUUCCCUGUUUAAAUUUACAAUGCUUCAAACGGAAAUGCUUCUUUGAUGUGUUUAGAUCCAGCCUAAUUCUUUCUAAAAAGCAGAUUUGUUGUGCUAAGACAGCAGAGUCCCUUAAUCAACAUUAACUACGCAAACCUAAAACUUGGCAUGCACUUGAAUUCCUCCUGGAGGAGGAGGCAGCCGUAAGAUUCUUCACAUAGGGUUGCCAUAUUUCAAAUAGUUGUUGGGCUUGGGGGGGGGCAAAGUAGUUGAGCUUUUGGGCAAAUUCACAAAUUCAGCUAUUUUUUAAGGAAAAUCAGCAAAAAAGACACUGCCAACAUGGGUUGCCACACGUCCAGAUUUUCCUGGACAUUUUACCAAUUUCCGCCCAGAUGCUGCUUCCAACUGCAGUAUUCCGGGUAUGUCCAGAAAUUUCCGGACGUAUGGCAACCCUAGAAGUUCACAGAAAACUAAUAAUACUUGUCAAUUUGACAAAGAUUGUUAAUAAAGGCUUGAAUCCAAAGGUGUUUUGCACUUGUGAAGAGGCCCUUAUACUAGUGCAAGGUAUCUACAUCCAGUUCUUUUAAUUUCCUCAUCCUGAACUCAAUCUUCUUUAUAGCCAGCCCACUAUCAUUAUUUUGGAACUUAUUUUUGAUUAGGGAUGCAAAUAAUGUAUUUAGUUAGGGACACAAAGACUGUAGACGUUCCGCUUAUCGGCCAUAACAAAACAGAACACAAACCUCCCCCCAAACAUUCAGUUGAACCACAAGUUCUUAUUUUGCUAGAUGCCAACAAAUAAAGAAACACACAAAGCAACAUCACUUUCAUUAUGAAACUGGAAAGAGUAUAUCAACUCACUGGGGGAAACAAAGUUCCUCCUACAACUAAAGCUGUGGAGAUUCCUUGGGGAUGCUUAUAAAAUGAGCACUGGGGGAUAUAAAAGACAGCAUCCUCUGCCCCAGUGUAGGAGCUGCAUGUUUAUUGUGAGCAGCACUUUUUAAUCUAGGAUUGAUCCAUGCCUCAUAGCUUUUGACAGUAACCAUAUUAGCAAAUGACCAGAUGAGAAGCAGAAGAGCAAAGAGCUUUUAUCUGCUUGGAGAAACUUGAUGACUUGACUUGAAACACCAUUAGCCUUGCAUAUAAUGAUUUUUGAAUGGGUUCAUCGUUUCAGGAUACGGAGAACUAGAAUUAGGGUUGCCAUAUUUUGAAGAGCAAAAAAAAGAGGUAGCCUGAGCUGCUGCUAGCCAGAGGCAGGGAAAGAAGCCAUGGCAUGCAGAGCAGCCCUACCCUGCCCCCCCAAAAAAAACCCACACCGCAGACAUUUCCUUUUAAAUAUAAAAAUCUGUCUGGAUUGGCCUGUUGGCAACCAGCCAAAGAAGAACAUGGAAUCCACCACACUGUCACAUCAGGAUUCCCUUUUUGUACGAUGCAAAAACACACACAGAAACCCUGAAACAUAUACACAAGUGUGCAUUGAAGAUAUCACAGUGCAAUAGGCCCACUUGAGGCCUUUGUGUGAUGGCAUCAAGAUUGGUGUGUGUGUGUGUGUGUGUGUGUGUCUGUGUGUGUUGCAAUUCAUUCCAUACCCAGGCGCUUGUCAGCAGGGUAAACCUAUCCAGUGGCGGAGCAAGCCAAUCGGGCGCCUGGGGUGGUACGUGUGCCCUACACCCGGGGGGGGGGCCAGCCGGGGGGGGCUGGGCAUGUGUGGCAACAUGAACAAAGCCAGAAAAUAUUCUUAAUAAGGAAAUUUAUAUGCUACUUCAUAUUUCAAAGAAAAUCUCUAAGUGGUUUACAGCCAGCUAAAAAUAUCACAAAUGAAAUGCAGAAAUAACGUUAACGAAAUCCACAUUUUGGAGCAGCACUUGGAUGUUAGCACUUGUGUUGAAGAACCUGAUUUCUAAGUUGUGUUAUUGUCUUCUUCUUCAUUCCCUAGGCAUUAACAGAUUACUCAACAACGGAACUUACGAAGCUGCAUUUCCACCUCACGAGGUAGAUUAAGUAGUAGUGCUUUGAGUAUGGUAUGUUCAUUCUAAGUUUGCGUUAACCUCCUGCAGUCCGCAAAUGAAAUGUAAAUUUGCUCUCAGGUAUUACUGUUUCUCCGCUCUGCCAGUCUUCUCUGAGGACCCCUUCUUCAAUCUUCAUUGUGUAGCUUUUUGUUGCGCUAGAUGUCAUUUGUUGCAUAGCAUGCAACCCAUCCAAAGCAUGUUUAUUCAUGAGCACAAGGUUCUAGCCUAAGACACAACACCCACAAGCAAAGGGGAGCCUCAGGUCCAGAUGCUGCAUAUGGCCCUCCAAGCCCCCUUAUCCGGCCCCAGGACAUGCACCCGUCCCAGACACAGUCCCUCCUGGCUCUGCUUUGCAUUCUCCUUGAGGUUUUCUUGUUUGUUUGUUGCCUGGCUCGGAUGUGCUCUCAAACUCUUGCUUUCUUGGAUGGAGGAUAAAGAGAACUGUGUGUAUGUGUGGAAGCUAGCCUGCAGUACAAAGGUGAUAUUUGAAUUCAUUGCUCUGUCUGAUUUUGCCUUUGACUUCUGUAAGUUUGCCCAGAAGGGAACGUGGCCUUCUGGCUGAAAAAAGUUUCUCUAGUCCAUGCCAUAGGGAAUAGGAACUUUGUUUCCUGGAAAGCAGAUAGUCAUAGGUAGCAUAGUGCAUAUAUUAUUAUAUUAUAUUAUAUUAUAUUAUAUUAUAUUAUAUUAUAUUAUAAUUAUAUUUUUUUGAUUAACAACUUUUCUAUGCACCCCAGAACUUGGAAGAGGGCCUAAGUGGUGUUCUACAUUAGUAUAAAACAAUAGAAUAUGUUAUUUCAACUCACUGCAGUCAAGUUCAGCCCAGUACACCAGCCUGUAGGACGGCAAGUUCCACCCACAAAGUCCCAUACCUGCAUCUUCCAUGACAAAUCAGCCUUCAAGUCAAGCAGGAAGCUUUGGAGUUGAUGUUGGGCUGAGCAUGGUUAGAAUCCUCACUGCAAUGGGGAAUCCUUGUUGUGUAUGUUUCUCAGUCAGAGGGAGGAUUCUAAGUGCAUUCUGCUGAAUGUGUGUGUGAGAGAAAAACCCUUUGGACUUUCCAACAUCAUCAUCAUCAUCAUUAUUAUUAUUAUUAAUAUUAUUGCUUCUGCUGCUAUUAUAUAUGUGUGUAAAUGCAAUGGUAUUUGUUCUCAGCAGCGGUUUUAUGCUAGUGGGAAGUGCUUAAGGUGGGCCCUCAAUUUUUGUCAAUUCCCAACUGCAAUUAAAACUUUCCACCAGUCCUCAAGAGCAGCUUUUCAGGGGGGUGGGGGUGGACUGCAAUCUGCAUAAACUGGGUGCCCCACAUUGCACAAACGGUAGUGAUUUCCACUAGCAAAAAACAAGUAUUUUUAAAAAAUAAUAAUAAUUAAAUUUCAAUAUUGAGAGAAGCAAUAUCAUUAACAAUACAAUAACUUUAUGUUACACACACACACACACACACACACACACAUUGCUUUUCCUUCUCAUCAUAUUUUUAAACAUGGGAAUUAUUGUGAGGAUAAUGUAACAAUUGUGUACUUUAUACGUAAAUGCACCAUAUACUUGCAUUAAUAAUGGACAGUAUCUUCUAGCUGGAAAGUACUUCAGUUCUAUGCUGUCAAGACCAAGCACUUCCAGAAGGAUCUCUCUGUUUUAUUCCAAAAUAAUGUUUUCCUUCUGUGGAGAUGUUUAUAAUUACCUCAGCUUGAGUAGAGUACGCUCAAGACUGUACUGUUCAGCAUUGUUUAGUAAUACAUGGAGCAACUGUCCUGUUCCAUUAGAAAUGUUGUUUUAAUAUUUUUCUUAAUUUCUUCAUAAGAACCCUUUUCUUUUGUAUAAGCACAUAACAAUCCCCCCUCCUCCACUAUCUGUCUUCCAGGGAAGUCACAAGAGCAGGCAUCCCAUCAAAACUCACGGAGCCCAGAAUCAUCGACAUCUGUUAUAUGAGCGCUGGGCACGGUGGGGAAUGUGGUAUAAAUACCAGCCUUUGGAUUUGAUCAGGUACUCCAAGAAUACUGCAGAACUUGGUUUUGUCCCAUGAAAAGGGAGGAAGGCUGAAUGAUGUUCCAAUGAACAUUCUGCUGUGAACAGUCUCCUUAUAUCAGCCUAGUGUUUUAAAUUGGUUGGGUAACCUCUGUUCCAGGGACUGAAUGCAUCCUAUUGUGCCGCUGUUAUCUGGCCCUUGGGACACUCCCUUGGCCACACCCCUUGUCCUUAGGCCACACCCCUCACCAAUAGUGUUCUACACUCUCAAGUGGUUUUGCCUGACUGGAAUGUGUCUUUGAACUGUAGUAAUGUCUCUUCCUUUCCUAGAGGAUGGAGGGGGUAUAUGUACAGGGCUGUCUUAAGCAUAUGUGGCGCCGUGGUGCAAAGAUCCACCCGGCACCCCCCCCCCCAGGUUGCCCAGUCCCAGGCGCGCAGGAGGACGGAGCCGGCCGGCUGCCUCAGCGUUUGGUCGCCCCCAAACUCAUGGCACAGAGCCGUCCACAACAGAAGAACCCGCCGCGGCACUCUGACCGAUGGGUGGGCUCUUCCCCGGACUCAACUCUUGGGCCCUGGACUCUCAGCCUGGUGCCCCUGAGAGCCCGGUGCCCGGGGGCCUUGCACCCCUAGUGCCUAUGGGUAAGACGGCCCUGUAUAUGUAAAAAAUAAACCUCUGGCUUUUGUGCAGUUGAAAUCUGGCCUGUGUAGGUAGACAUUUAUUGUGCCAUGCACUUUUCCCUCUGGAGUGUGACCUCUGGAUGAUUGAUGGAAUCCAGCCCUCAGCCUGAGAAAAGUUCUCCAUCUCUGCUUUAAGUAGUGUAUAAAUUGAUAUAUUUUUUAAAUCUUUGAUUUGUUUCUUAGUUCUGAUGAAAUGCAUGCUGUAUUCAGAAAAUGUAAGAUAAUAAUUUAGCAUGCAUCUGCAAAUAAAUACAAUAGCACAAAUACAGUAGUGCAGUCACACUGAAUUGGCUGUCCCAGUCCAUUUGCAAUGUGCCAACUUUGCCACCACCUCUCCCUUUCCCUCUCCCUUCUGAUAAGCAGCAGCCAUACAACAACCCAGUAGUCAGGUGAGUGCUGCCACCCCACCAUGCCACCUGCUACUGGUGUUACCAGAUCUACUUAUUGGCAUGUGUGCCAGGAAAGACUGCCUAGGCCGUAUCCAGAGACUCUGGCUGCAUUUUGACAUCUGGCUAAACCAUUGUUUAAUGUGACAUGAACAAGCCAAGCAAACCAAUGGUUCAUGCAUUUCUCCCAUCCCCUCUCCUCCUGUAGCAUAUUGGGAAGAUGUUGAAAGUUUCUCUUCUGUUUUCCAUUAAUUGCAGUUUAGUGUUUCAAGCUUAAACUAUGGUAAACUAUGGGUUGUUGUUUUGAAACAAGCCAGUUUCAAAAUCCAAAGGUUAAAGUUUUGAACAAACUAUGGUUAACAUUAACACAUCAAUACAAGAAAUUGCAGUUAAGCAAAAAUCAGAAGCAAAACUAUGAAAAAACAACAACCACAGAGCAAGGUUGACCUAAAACAUUUUGCUGCCAGAGCAGAAUAGCAAGUCAGGGUGUCUAGUACUCAGGUAAGGCCAAGUCAUUUCAGCAACAAAGUCCCACAAAAAUACAAUUGUAAUAACAUGUUGUUGUUGUUUAGUCGUUUAGUGGUGUCCGACUCUUCGUGACCCCAUGGACCAGAGCACGCCAGGCACUCCUGCCUUCCACUGCCUCUCGCAGUUUGGUCAGACUCAUGUUUGUAGCUUCGAGAACACUGUCCAACCAUCUCGUCCUCUGUCAUCCCCUUCUCCUUGUGCCCUCCAUCUUUCCCAACAUCAGGGUCUUUUCCAGGGAGUCUUCUCUUCUCAUGAGGUGGCCAAAGUAUUGGAGCCUCAGCUUCACGAUCUGUCCUUCCAGUGAGCACUCAGGGCUAAUUUCCUUAAGAAUGGAUGUUAGUUAUUAUGUAAUAACAUAAUAACUAACAAUUUGCUUCCCUUUUAUGACCACCAAAAUCAGCUGCCACAAGGUGACCACCUCACUCUGCCUAUUUGCAGGCCAACUCUGCUGCAGAGUUUUGUUCAUACCAUGUUAAACUAUAGUUUAGUGUUGCAUCCAUAUGUACUUUUUAAACCUGUAGUCAGUGACGGCAACAAUACUCCCUGCUCCAAGAGUCUCUACAAUGACCAUUCUUCUGAAACAGACAGGACUCUAGUUGUGCCUGACUGUGUUAAAUUAAAAAUAUGUAUGGUCCAGAACAGGCUUUUCCACAGUGAUGAACUCCAAUUUUGGACUACAACUCCCAUUGCCCCUGACUAUUACUCAGCUGACUGGGACUUAGGUAAAUUGUAGUCCAAAACAUCUGGCCAGCACCAGAUUGGGAAAGCUGACCAUGAAUGCAAUCAAUGGCCUUCAAAUUAUAUGUUGAAGCGAAAUAAAAGGGGUUUGCCAAACCCAUUUCUAACCAAAUCCCAUCCCAACUGAAGAGUAGUUCCACUUCCACUUAAGGUGAAUGAUCUGUUGCCAAGGCUGGCAUUGGUAUUCAAUUACUUUGACAUUUAAGCCUAUUGUAUAUUUACCUUUUUCUUACGCAGGCGGUAUUUUGGAGAGAAAAUUGGCCUUUAUUUCGCUUGGCUGGGAUGGUAUACUGGGAUGCUCAUUCCUGCUGCACUUGUUGGGCUGUUUGUUUUCCUUUAUGGAUUAUUUACCAUGGAUUCCAGCCAAGUAAGGUAAGAGGUGUGGGGAUGUCCCCUUUUAUAAAAUCAUAACACAGCAUGUCUGUCACUAUGAGCUGGCAGCUCUCAAGCCCUAUCAAAAGUAGCUGUUGAAAUGGAUCACGAGAAUAAUGCAAAUUAGCCUAAGCCCCACGCUGCUGCCUGAAUAUCAUAUGGAAGAAUCAUAAGGUGGGUUUUUUGCACCAGCCUGAGGUGUUUGGUGUGUGCAUGAUGCUUUUAGUGUGUGAUCAUCUUCAGUCCAGUUUCUGUUUGCUUUUGAAGAUUAUUUUGAGAUGCAGCAAAUCCACUUCACAGUAAUUAAAAAUGAAAUAACAUUCUGGUGUGAGCUACUUUCCCUCCUUAGAGAAGCAUUUACAUCAAAAGGUGUGGGGGGGGGACAAAAUGACUCUCUCUAUAUGGAAAAGUUAUUAUUCUAUUAUGACCAUAAAACAAAAACAUGACAAUGCAAUGUAGCAUUUGAAACUAAAAUCUCCCCAUUCUGACCUGUGCAUCAUAAAGUUAUCUUGCCUCAGUUACCUUGUGUUGUGCUGCCAUCACUUUGUAUAUUCUCUUACCCCCUUUGGCAACAGCCAAUGAUGUAGAGAGAAGUUGAGGAAAAGCACAAUGUGACAAUGUUACGAAUUACAAGGGAGCAAGGAAGAAAUAAAUGCCGAGAUGCUGUUUUGGUGUCCCCCCUCCAAUAAAAUAAAAACCAACAACAUUGCUCUGGAGGAUUGGGGAAAACCCUGAGGAAAUUUGGGGUUUGUGAAGGGAUGAGGGGUUGGAGUUAUGUUGCACAAGCCAAAGUUCUAAUGAUCCAGUGACUUCCCUGCAUACAAACACACAGCUCUUAGGUUGGGUGGGGGAAGAAAGCUAUGCCCCCCCCCCCAAAGCAGAACUGUCCAAAACCUUCUAAUGUCCUAUUCUUUUAAAAGAAUAUAUUUUACUGCUUUUCACAUGUAAUAAACUUAAUUAAAACACAGCAGACAACAAACAGCAGCUAGUCUGUUAUUUCUUGGAAAAAAGCGUAACAGCGGUUUGAAAUUAGAACCAUUACUUAGAACAAGUUUAUGAUGCACAUUAAAGUCUCUGAUCCAAAAAAAUUAUCCAGAUGUUUUGAUAGGUCAUGCCUGUUAUUAAAGCAUCUACAGGCCUUUUAGACCAGGCCUUUCCCUAACAAAUAGAAGGUAACCCCAGACCUGGCCAAUAGGUUUGAGCAAUCCUCCUGGUCCCAUUAACCCUCUCCUGUCCCUGACAUUGAUCCACCAUUGCCUCAAGGCAUAACUGUCAACUUACAGAUUUGAAAAUAAGGGACCAGCAGCCUUGAAAAUAAGGGACCAGCAGCCAAAAUAAGGGACCUGCAGCCUCACCUGUUCCAGGCACUCCAGUCUUCCUGUCCUCCUGCAGUCUGGUCAAACUCAUGCUGGGUAGCUUUGAGAACACUGUCCAACCAACUUUGUAACCAGAGAUUCAACUGAAUAGAAUCUGAAUCACAUGCACCACAAGGCCUAUGCAGCCUCAACUUAAGAUGGUUCCCCGGCCUGGCUUUACACUGCAAAGUUUGCAGCAGCACGUGCAACAAAAUGGCGUCCAGCAUUCAAAAACCUCCUCAGCUUGCAUUAUCUAGCCACACACAAGGCAUGCAAGCUCCACCCCCCCAGUCGUUCUUAGACUUCUUAUUGGGUGAGCAACACAGCCAAGCAACACAGUUGGAGCCUUCCUCCUCCCUGGCAGGCAAGGAGGGAGGGAGAGGAGCUGCUUCCUUUGAAAUUUAAGGGACAUCAUUUAAGGGACAUUUAAGGGACAUCCAUCAAUAAGGGACAGCAGCGGGACAUGGCGCUGGAAUAAGGGACUGUCCCUUCAAAUAAGGGACACUUGACAGCUAUGCCUCAAGGCCAAACCACAAAACAGUCUUAUUCACAGUAAACAGAUGGCAAACCCACAAAAAUAUUCUGGGGAAGAAAUCUCAUUCCAGUAGGCAUCAUUAUGAAGGGAAAUGGGAUAGAAAUGCUUUUAACAAAUAAAUAAUAAAUAAACAUUUGUGAAAGCCUUUUGAUAAUCAAAACUGUGGGUGGGAUUCCGCUAGAGAGGCUCAUCCAUAGAUGCCCUGUGCCAAUACAUCCAUGUGUGCAAUGGGCCCUCUCCUCACAUGGCUUCCCAAAUUGGCUUGGGGGGGUGUGUGUGUUGUGAGAGCCCAUGAACCAUCAUGUUGCCAGGGGCCGGAGUCAGACACAGGUCACACGAAAGGUACAAGACUCCAUUGUCAGUGAAGUUAACUCUUUACUCAAAGAAACGGCAUACAACUCAGAAACACAUCCCGGUAGGUCGUGCCCCUGUAGAGCAGUUGCCAGGAAUGAAGGUCCCUGCCUUCUACCCUUUUUAAGGCUCUUCCUCUUUCAGAUAUUUCCAAGCAUUCUCAAAUUGCAUGUGCGUACCACUGGCCUCUGUUCUGUUCUGUUCUGUUCUGCUCUUCUCCUUAUCCUGUAUGUUCUUGGAGACCAGGGGGAAGGGGAAAUUGUUACAGCAGGAGAGGAAGUCUCCAUGGAUUCUUCAGUAGUCUCUUGACCUCCCCGCUUCUCUGCUUCAGCCUCAGAGCCUGAACUAUUCCCUGUCACAGGCUGCUUCCUGCUCACUAAACCCUGUUACCUCUUCAGCAUCCAUCUCCUCCUCCCAAUCCUCUCCCUCUGACCUCUCCUCAGUGUCCCACUACCAAUCCCCAGCUUCUGAGCCAACCUUCUCUGUGGGUUCCCUUGGGGGUUCACUGGCUGGUGCCUCCUCCUGCUUUAUCCAGCCAAUUCCUGACACAUGUGAGGAGAAGGGGGAGGGGUGUCAUUCCGUCUGGCAAGCUGAAAUGUUUGCACUGACGGAAUGAUCAGAAAAGCAUUGAAAAUUAAUUAAUUAAAUGUAUUCCUCCUUAACUCAGAAAACGUGGUUAUUAUUCCUAACAUAUUAAUUGCAUAGCUACACUCCACAACUGCAGUACAUUCACUGCACUGUUUUAACCCUCAUCAACUAAAGUGUCAAGGAACACAAGGAUCAUCCUGGAUUUUCAUUAUGCAACAAGAUUUCGUGUCAGUUUGACAAAUUAGCAUCCCCAAAAGACAUAACUAUUAAUUUAAUGCGUCAAUACAAAGCCAUCUGGUUUUAAGACUACUGGAUUCCAAAAUCGUUGAUGCUCGUAACUGAAAAAUGAGCAGUGUGUGUCGAUAAUGGCUUCAUAGGUAUGUCCACAAAAUGUAACAUUUGCUAGCCAGGCCUCAGCAGAGCUUAGUGUAAUCAGAAACCCAUUUUAAGUGCAAGAAGCCAGGACUGGGAUACUUUGUUUAGUUAUCUAUCUACUAUUUCCACUUCUAUCCCAUCAUUUGUCAUUUCAUGACCCCAUGAUGGGCUACAACAUAAAAUACCUCAUUGUGCAUGGCACCAUAAAAUACAACAUAAGACACUAUUAAAACAAACAAGAAAAUCAGUUAAAGCAAUUAACAUCUCAGUUUUGUAAUAUUUUGCAGACAUGUUAUGUGCCUUCGUAGCUGGCAACCUGGAUAAUAUGAACCAAUGGAAAGUUUGAUACAGAACAGAUUUUGACUCAGCAACAGACUCAUGGAUGUUCUUCAGUUAUUUUAUAUAUUUGUAUAUAUCAUGAUAAUACAUGAUGCAACAACAGGCAUUCAGCGGUUUUCACCAUAUAAUUACUUCAUAUGUAAUUGCUUAAUAUAAUUACAUAUGAAGUAGUUACAAUCAUAUGAGAUAUAUGACUCUGAGCAUCUGCAGAAUACAGGUCCCUUUGCACUAGAUACACAUAACAGGUACUCAUACAAACUUGUUUAGGGGACAGGUUAUUGCUUUUCAGAAGGAAGAGGAUGUAACUAGAGACAUCUCUUUUUUUAACAGUUAAUAUAGUGCAUGGAUGAUAUGCCUUCAUUCUGGCCCACACCUUGAAACCUUCUGUUUUCAGUGAUUAAUGCUGGUUGUAUUUUAAAAAGCAUACAACAGUGCAAAUCAAUUCUUAGAGUUAUGUAACAGGCUGGCACUUAGGUAAAGUUAGUAUUCCCUCUAGUGGUUUGUGAUGAAUUUGAUUUUUAAAACAAAUCUGCAUAAUACAACUUGCUUUCACAAAACAUGAUGCACAGGUAACAGAGGGGUAAUUAAUAUCCACAACUAGACAUCCCUUCAGCAGUUUCUGAAUUUUUUAUUUGAUUAUGAAUCUUCAGAUUGUGGGAACUGGAGUUUCAAACCUAGCCCAGUAUUCAGAUAAGUCAAUGAUUAAACUGGCAAGCACUAUAGUUGAUAUGUGCUUCAUGUCUAGAAACAAAACUAAGAUUAUCAUGUUUUAAGCAGUUGAUAGCAGUUGCUUAAAAUGACCGCUCCCCGCUUAAAACGGGGGGCGCCCUUUGCGUGGACGCGUGCAGCCCUAGAUCUGGAGCGGCCCCAUCAGCAUAGGCUUGGCUUUGCCUUCCCUCAGGUGGGAUACCUGGAGGUCUCCACCUACCUCAGUCAGUUGUCCAAUCCCACCUGGGGGAAGCGUUGCCAAGGAGACCAGGCCAGGUAGGGGAGGGAUUACCUGCCCACACAAUAGAGGGAGGAUCUUACCUGGGAAUCCUCACUUGGCUCCAGAGCUUCUCCCACCCUACCCACCCUCAGUUAAUGUCUUCCUUUGCAGGUUAACUUUUCUUCAUAGGUUUCACAGGUUAACUUUUCUUCACAGGUAUGCGGGCGCUGCUACGAUAAGGUAGCUGUUAAAGGGCUGGAAAGGAAUUUCCCUGCAUUGGCAGGUUUCGCCUUUCCCGUAGCAAAACGUCACAACUUUGGCAGUAUCAGGCCUUGGGCGGAAUCCUUUAGUCCAUCUUCCCCUUUGCGGUGGCGAUACCAGGUUUCCCCGUUAAAGGGGUUUCUGAAGGGAGGCUUUGACCGUACGCCAAAAGGUUGUCAUUGCUCUCCCCUGCGGCGGCGGCGGCGUAACAGGGGCGGCUAUCUCUGCUUGAACAUAUGUUCUCCAGAGCCGGCCCAUCCCCCCCACACACACUGGAUAACCCUGAUGCUCCCUAGGUCCCCGGCUGGGGACUGGGGAGGGAGAGCGCCCAAUGCCUGAGCCAAGGUCUACCCACAUUUGAAAUUUAAUAAAGUUGUGGCCAAUUUAAUCCCAUAGCACGUUGUCUUGAGUCAUUAUUCCACAUGACGGGGGGGACCGCUUGGGAUCUGGGGACUCCGCCUGUCCAUGCAAAGGAAAUGCACGGGUUUAAAUAUUUAUUUUUCCAUAUCUACUUUUGUAGAAAGACCUGGGAGAAAUUUCUCUGUUUUUGUAGCAAAGCCUGGGAGAAAUUUUAAUCAUCAUCACCAGCCAGGCAAUAUCAAAGGCAUAGAUUGAUACAAUCCAUACCUCUGGGAAUAUCUGGACUCUUCAUCCUGCCCCAUGUGUGUGUCAUUUGGGGCCUGGGUUGUGGUGCAGGAAGCUGCAAUGGAAAGAGGAAUCAUACAAAAUCAGGAAGAAGCAACUUGCACCAGCAACUGCAUGCUGGCUUUCUGCACUCGGUUCUGAGGGUUUCUUUCCUGCCAGGGUAUCUGCCUUGGCUUCAUCCUAGGACCAUCAUGUGAUUUGGGGAGGGGGUGGUAAAGUGAAACAGAACUUCCAAAAAUCCUACUGUCAAUGAAAUCAUAAUUAAACUGCUAUGUCCUGUGUUGUGCCUGUGCAAUAAAAUAAGUUUAGGUACAGUUUCCAAAGUAAGGUACAAACACAAUGCUGCAAAUAUCAGAAGCCUUGCGGCCUGUGUCAGCUACCAUAAUGAAUGUCAUAAACAUCAGUCAUCCCUGAAUAAACAUUGGCUGUCUUUAUUUCCUGGUGCAGCAGAGAGAUCUGCGAGGCAAAUGAAACUGUCAUGUGUCCAAUGUGUGAGAAGAAUUGCACCCUGCAAAAACUCAAUGAAAGCUGCAUCUACGCAAAGGUAAGUUAUUUUGUGCUCUAGAAGCUCUAUGCUUCAGAUACGUCAGUCGGAAACUGCACAUGGCCUCUUGUUGUCAUUUCAGUCAAAUGCUUUUCCAUUGUACCACCACAUGUGGGGGACAUCUGGCCCUCCAUAAGUCACUGAGCUGUAGCUUUCACCGACUCAUGACCAUUGGCUAUGCUUCUAGGACUGAUGAGAAUUGUGGGUCAGUGACAGUUGGAGAGCCAGAGGUUCCCACUCCUAUAAUGCACAGUGGUGCUUGAUGGACUCUUCAGCAGCAAACCCAAAAAUGUAUUCAGCUUUCAUGCUCAUCACUUCACAAGGAUUUGCCCUGCCAAAACAGGUUAUUGCGAUAGAACCUAUAAAAUCAACCCAGGCCAAGUGAAUAUCUUUGGCCCUUUGCUAUCAGUGGUGGGGCUGAGAGCCUGCCUCCCUGUCUUACCGCUCUGUAAGAAAAUAUUUCUGCUCUGCAGAGACAGAAAAUGAUUAUGAAUUCACAUCAAACACUUAAACACCACUUCAAGACUUUUCAAGUGUGGAAUGCAAAUACUCAAUGCCCGAUUUUUUGUUGGGGUUAUUAGUAGGAUGCUCACAUAUUCUGGACCCAUGACCAGCAAUAUACCCUGUGUACAUUUUGGCUCUUGAUUAAUUUAUGUAGUCAUGGGGUUGGAUCCAAUGAAGUAAUUAGUUUCAUGAAAGAACUUCUGCUUCAGAAGCUAAAUUUCCCUCUCCUUCCACGUCCAAAACAUCUGAUCUGGGAUUUAUUUCAGUCAAGGAGAGGGGUUGUGGGGCACACAGGGAGAGGAGAGGAGGGGGAGGGAAAGUUGUUGUUCAAAGCAAAAGGCCUUCUGCAAACAGAAAGAAUUCACUGGAUAUAUAACACAAGCGGUUUUACAGAUAUAGCAAAUCUAUACGCAGUGCUAUUUUUCUAGAAAAAGAGGUGCCGGAACUCACCAUGAACACCUCCCUUGUUCUCUUAUACUGGCAAUGGUGCCCACCUGAGAGGUGCCGAAACCGAGUUCUGGUAAGUUCCGGGUGGAAAAAAAGCCCUGCCUAUAUGUGUGUAUUCAAUAGCAGGCCCUACCGAGUUCAAUUGGGCUUUCUUUCACAUAAAUGAAAAUAAGAUUACAACAUUCCUUACUCAUCUGUAUUAUUACUAAAUAAAUACAAUGUAAAACAACAGAUUACAGUUGUCUUAUUUCAUUAAUUUGUAAGAAUUUGUGGUUUUUCUACUUCCAUUUGAAAACAGAAGCAUUCCUAUUUUCAUUUGAUUCACACAUACAACAAAUCACUUCCCAGUCAUAUUAUUUACCUCCCAGUCCUUUAAUAGCACUCUGUCUGUCUGUCUCUCUGUCUAUAAACACACACAUCCACACCAGAGUUACCUUUGAAUCCCACAUUCACUGUAAUGAAAUUCAUGGAGCACACUUACCGAGCUGAUAUUCUUGAGCAAUGGGUAGUAAAUGUGCACUUUUUCAAAUGUGCACUUUAAAUCAUCUGAGGCCUGAGUGCUUAUCAGACAUAUGUGUUAAAUAACUACACGCUGUAUAGUGGAUUCAUUCAAAAGAAAAUAAAACAUUCCAGAGGGAUUCUACCCUAUAAAUGUUGUUUAAACCAUUUUUAUUACAUUCACUUUAAAGAAAUAUGUUAUAGUUGUCUGUUUUGUGUAAACAUUUCAUCCCCUCUCUGGUAAAUAUUUUCGUAUUGGAAAACGGCAUUCCUAUUAAAACAGGAAUGUGUUAAAUUAGCUAAGGUUUGCAGUUCCUGAAGAGGACUGUGCAAGAGAAAAAGUCUCAAGGCAUCUAAUUAAGUAUGUCAUCUUGUGUGGGGAAUGAAAUCCUCCUACAGCAAACUAUUCAGCCUCCUCAGCACUCCUUUUCCCCCAGAUACCCAUCGCCUCACAUUCCUAAGGUCCAUUGCUGUUCCUUAGACUUUGGGGUUAUAUGUAACACAGUGUAGUUAUAGAGUAGUUAAACAUUGGCAGUGAAGUCUCCUUCCAUUAAUAAAAGUGUCGUAGACACUGUGUCUAAAUGGUGAGGAAAUAAAUGGUAGUUAAAUGGCAAACAGAAUUAAUUACAGUAUUACAGGUUAAGUUCGAAAUAGUUCUUGUUCCAGUAAACCUGCUCACAAUCUCUGCAUGCUGUGAACUUCAUGUCAGUUUUGUUUAGCUAAAUCAGACUAAUAUUGUGAUAGGAAUAGACUCAGGUAGGUAGCCGUCUUGGUCUGACGCAGUUGAAAUAAAUUAAAAAUUUAAAAAAUUGUCCAGUAGCACCUUAGAGAUUCACUAAGUUUGUUCUGGGUAUAAGUUUUUGUGUGCAUGCACACUUCUUCAGAUACACCAAGUGUAUCUGAAUUAUUAUUAUUAUUAAUAAUAAUAAUAAUUAAUACCCCACCCAUCUGGCUGUGUUUCCCCAGCCACUGUGGGUGGCUCCCAACCGAAUAUUAAAAACACAAUACAGCAUAGCAUGCAGAUAAAAUAGAAAAACAGAUUAUAUAAAUUACUGAUAAAUUAUUAUUUGUAAAGGUAAAAUAACUGAACUGCUGAAUAAAAAUGACAGCAGACAGUCAAUUCAUUAUAAAAUGCACUUUGAGCAGUUCACACUUGUGCAUAAGGGAAAACAGAAUUACAGCUUUGCUAUAAAACAAGCAUUUAUACAUGAAGAAGUGUCCAUGCACACGAAAGCUUAUACCCAGAACAAACUUAGUUGGUCUCUAAGGUGCUACUGGACAAUUUCUUAUUUUUUUUAUUUAUUGUGAUUGGAAAACAUAGGUUAGGUUAUUUUGGGACUGAGGUUUUGGAUUACAUCAUUCCUAACCAUCAACCAUGCUGCCUGGGGCAUUGAUGAGAGUUGAAGUCCAACAACAUCUAGAUUCCUCCUCCCACAGAUUCCUCCUCCCUUUUCGAGCCCAUUUCAGAAUUAAACAAAACCACACAAGCAUCCAGUUCACUGAAUGUGUGGUGGGGAUCAGACCCCACCUGGAGUACUGUGUCCAAUUCUGGGCACCACAGUUUAAGAAGGAGAUCAGCAAGCUGGAGUAUGUGCUGGGGAAUGUGACCAAGAUUAUCAAGGGUCUGGAAACCAAGAUGGGUACAUUUAGCCUUUAAUUGCUUUAGGCCUUUGAGCCAGGAUGGAGGUUGCCACGAGUGGAUAUGAAAAUGAGCAGAGAAUUAGCCUCCACAGCAUUAGCCCAAUGAGCUAAUAUAAUAGAUGUAAUUUUAUACUUAUUCCACUGCUGAUCCUUUAAUAGAGUUCAUGAAGGCAUGGCCCAUGUUUAAACCCAAUGAAAUUAUGCAUCCACUUUACCCGAGUCUGUUUGCAAUUGUUCAGUAUUAUGGCACUCUUUAAUUAAGAACAUAUUAGCAUAUGGUAGAUUUUUAUUGUUUAAUAAUUCCAUUACUUGCCUUAUAUUCUUUCAUUUCCUUCUAAGGUUACACACUUAUUUGAUAACGGAGGGACUGUCUUCUUUGCAAUUUUUAUGGCUAUAUGGGGUAAGUGUUGUUGUUGUUGUUGUUGUUAUUUUACCUGUUACUGUAAAAUAAAAGGUAUUAUACUCAGCAAGCCUUAAUUUGGAAUGAACUUUAAAAUGAGAAUAUACAUUUUGAAGCUAUUAUCGUCAUGCUUGUUAGGGAUGUAGAUCUCUAUACACAGCUGAAAUAAGCCCUUCAGGAACACAAAUGACUGGGUAAAUCACUCUAGUGCUAGAGAAACCUCUUCACUUUGCAGUCCAUUGCAGUAUUAUACUAGAGGUAUAUAUGAGUUGUAUCCAGUGCUAGUCAUAUGCAGAAUAGACCAGUUAAUGAAUGGAGGUGACUAAUUUACAGCCAUUAAUUUCAAUGAGUUUACUAUGAGUAUAGAAUCAUAGAAUCGUAGAGUUGGAAAGGACUCUGAGGAUCAUCUAAUCCAACUCGCUGCAAUGCAGGAAUCUCAGCUAAAGCAUCCAUGAAAGAUGGCAAUCCAACCUCAUAUUAAUAUCUGUGUUCUUUAAUCCAUUGUUUUCCUAAAAUAUCCAUCCCAUUUUAAUCCUAUAGUAUACAAUGACAAAGAGCUUAAAGGUUAAAAAAUAGCUUUAUUGACAUAGUUUACAAAUAUGUAUUUAUAUGCAUUUAUCACAAUCCCAGCUGCUGGGUUGGUGAAGGGGAAAGGGUGACUCUCCAAAAGCAUCAAAAUGUCAUAAAAAAUAAGCCACAAUAAUGAUUCUAUAGGCAAAGCUGGAUAUAGCUCAACUCAGUAGACCAACAUAAAUCCACAGAAGUCCAAAACCAGGUGGGAUACAAAGACAACCCCACUGGAUUUGUAAUGCAGUACUUACACUUUCUACAUUUAGUCUCUGACUCAUGGCAGAAUGGUUGCUGCUACUGUUGAUUUAUUUAAAGUCCCCUUUGCAUUAUUUACAUACAGUGUGCAGGGCAUGCUAUUUCUAAAAUUCAUAUAAGUAUAUCCUUAGGGUACCCUGUUGGGUAACCAUCAGAGACAUCCGAUUCCCAUAGUCUGCACAUAACAUGAAAUUUCAGUCCGUAUGUAGGAAGGAAGAACUGUGGGAUCAAUGCUGCCUUUGCUGUCAACACGGCAGACUUCUAAGUCUCAAUUUUUGGGAAGUAAGAAGAGUUCUCUGGGGGAAAGGCACCUGCUAUCUAUUUAUGCUCAUCAAGACUGAACUGGAAAGCAGGCUUUACACAGGACAAUUUGUUCAGCAUUCUGUCUUGAAAGCUCUGUUUGCAUUAUCAAGGUCUGUCUCUAAUCUCUUAUUACUAGAAGUUGAGAGAGUAACAGGCUACAAAUUCUCCCCUUCUGUUUCAGCUCAUAUGUCAGUGUGAGUCAGUGCUGCAGGACACCUAACUUUUAAAAAGCAUAGAAUACUAUCUCAGCGUGCUUGGUGUGGGUGGUCAACCCCAAAGCUGAAGACAUCUUGUGCCUUGGUCUAAUAAUAUUUAAUAAUAACGGUGGCAAAUUCAGAAGCCAAUGGAAAUAUUAUUUUUCACAUUUAUAUCCUUUUCUUCCAUCAAGGGGCUCUGGGUAGCAUUCAAGAAGCUAUCUAUUUUCUCUUCGCAACAGCCCUGUAAGGUAGAGACUGACAGGGCUAGAGCCAGAUUCCAGUGGGCCUUCAGCAUGAGUGUUGCCAGUGGAGCCUGACCUGGGCUUCUGCCAAUACUGCUAUCUGCUAUUGUAGCCUCAGCCACAACCACUAUAUGAUGCCACUGCUGCUGCUGCAUGCUACUGCCACUUUUGAAAGGGAACCAAGCUGGUGCUCUGCUCCAAUGUGCAGCGUGGCGACAUUUAGUCUCCCAAAAUGCAAUGCCCUACUAGACAUCAGUAUAUUGCAUUUUGGAUGAUCAAAAUACCCAGUGGGCACCACACCAAGGAUUGGAGCCAAGCACCCAUGCAGCUCCCAUUCAAAACUACUGUUGCUGCUACCACCAACCAAAAGCACCGUAUCUGGAGAGAAUGAAGUGAGACAGCAAAAGGUUCCAUGCUAUGGCUCAGUGGUGGCAGAGGCACUGACACUUCCUGGUAGUCCCAAUGGAGUGACAGUGUUGGCGACAGGCUCUCCUAAGUCUUUGGGGGCCUUGGCAAGUGCUCAUUCAUGCCGGCCCCGGAUGCUGGGCUUAGACUCUGUUUUCCCGCAGUUUAUCCAGCAAGUUCCCAGAAUAAACUGAGAUCUGAUGACACUCCACCCUGGCUCUCAGUGCUCUUUCAUACAGCAAGCAUUUCCUGCAUGUAGCAGGGAAGUGUGUUGCUCUUCUCAGAUAAAAGAUACUUGGCAAAUUUUAGGACCCAUGUUUCGGGAUGAAUUUGGUGUUCCCUAUCUUGCAUUGUUAUCAAGAAGCAUCUCUUUUGUCACAUAGUUUCCUUGGCGCCUUGUGAUCCCAAGCACUAGAGUUAAAGCAAUCUCACUUCUCUUGGCAGUCUAGCCUGUGUGGAAUACAAUAUGUAAUGAAAAAUACAUUGCUUUGAUUUUUGUUUUAUUUUCCAUUAUCCUAGUUUAUUACUCCCUUCUUCCACACGCAUCUGUGAUAAAUGACAAUUUGCUCUCCUUGCAUGUAAGACUUGGGGCCAAACUAACUGUACGCAAUGGUGAAGGUAAUUUAGACAAAAAAUUGUUGUGUAAAUAGCAGCCAAGGGGAAACCAAACAGCCUCAAAACUGGGGGGAAUGGGGAGCGCCCUUUGAUUCUCCACUUGGGUCCAGACAAUAACUACUCUAAGCCUUCUAUUUGCAUUUCAGCUGAAACCACUUCUGAUGCCGAUUGGAUCUUGCAAUAA